GAACAUGUAGCUGACUGUAUAGCUCCAGCCAAACAGGCUGGAGCCGUGUAAGUAAUCUAUUAUAACAGCUAGCAACUGUUAUAGCCUUUUGUAAGUAAUAUGUUGUAGUUUUGUAUUGUGGUAAAUUGACAUUCUGCUAGCAUUUGUUUAAUUGUUAUUAUAAUUAUAUUAAAUAAACAUUUAAUACUACAAUGUUUUGUGUAUUUCCUAUUAUAUAUUCGACCAUAAUACCGAACUCUAAAAAAUAUUAAUGUUGUUAUGUGUUGCUUAAUUAUUAUAUAUUAAUUAUUAAAUUAAUAUUCAUAUUUAAGUCACGACUGUAACAGAAGGAGUAACAAAAAUAAUAAGAGACUACAUAGACAUAGCUAUAACACCAUCACAGAGGUAUUUAUGUUGUACAUUCUACCCAGGCAUCUCCCUAUGCGACACAAACUCCUAGACCUAAUAUUCACUUCAACACAACACUUCUGGCUAGAAAAUGGAAACAAACCUUCCUACCAACGAUCCAAGAUAUUCCGAUGCAGGUCACCACUGCUCUAGAUUACAAACUAAUGGCUUCACACAGGUAUAUACAGGGAAAGCAUCAAGAGUGGCAAGCAAAUACUUGUCUGAUUUUUUAGCAAAAUAAUACAAUCAAUAAAUAUAUAUACAACAAUAGUGCGAAAACUGGGGUACACAAUUUAAACCACAUAUUCAGAAACCGGGGAAUGCUCUGCCUAAUGUUAGCUCAGCAUUUUAUUUUGCUCUUGUAAUUGUUUUUGUUUCCACUGUGACAAACUUACUUCCCAGUGUGUGUUUGUCCAGGAUCUUUUGGCAACUUCACAGUAGACAUGUGCAAUUCAUUUCAGUCCGAAUUAAAAUUCAGCCGAAUUUCGGGUAAUUCGGACAUUCGUGUGCUUCCGAAUGUCCGAAUAGCGGAAUUGCCGAAAUGAUGAAUUGCCGAAGUCCCGAAAUUACUGAAUUUCCGAAGUGUAGUAGUGCAGAAGUUGCUGAAGUUCAGAGGUGUCAAAGUGCCGAAGUUCCGAAGCACAGUAUUGCCUAAGUACUAAUAUACUUACCCAGUGAAAGAAGAAGAAUGUUACAUUGUAUACAAUUUUAAAUAAAAAGUAUACAAACAUAGCCAGGAUUCGGCUGUAAGCGUUUGCAACACUUACAACAAUCAAGUAACACACAUUCUUAUAAAAUGUACGUUACUUAGCCAGUCAUGUAAUGACAGGAAUGAAUAAGUAGAUAACUUCCUACUUCCCACGGUAUUAGGGAGCUAUCUACUAAAAGGCUGAAAGACCUGAAUUGGUCUUUCAGCCAAAUUUACUAAUACUAAGUAAAAAUUACUUAGUAUUAGUAAAGUAUGCCCCUACUCGCUAUAUCAUGACCUAUUGCCCCCCGGCCCCCACCCCUGAGCGGUGGGUGUGGUCCCUAAAUACAAAUUGGGGGUCCUAAUGUCCUCCCCCCUGGCCCUCACCCCUGAGUGGUGGGUGGGGACCCUAAACAAGAAUAAGGGGGGACUUAAUGUCCUCCCCCCUGGCCCCCACCCCUGAGUGGUGGGUGGGGGCUCUAAACAAGAAUAAGGGUGGGACCUAAUGUCCUCCCCCCUGGCCCCCACCACUGAGCGGUGGGUGGGGGCCCUAAACAAGAAUAAGGGGGGACACCUAAUGUCCUCCCCCCUGGCCCCCAUAAUAACCGACGCAGUUAAAAAAACAAAAACCUGAGCGCAAAAAAAAAAUCUUCACCUGGCGAGGGCUCCGCACAGACUGAGCUCUGCAGGGCGGGGGAAGGCUUAUAAAGCCUUGCCCCGCCCUGCAAUUAGGCUCAGAGUACUCUGAUUGGUGGGUUUAAGCCAUCCAAUCAGAGUGCUCUGACAGGUAAAUGAAGAGACUGAUAUUUAAGUCUCUACAUUUACCUGUCACAGCACUCUGAUUGGUUGGUUUGAAAUCCACCAAUCAGAGUGCUCUGUGUCAUUUUACACAGCGUGGGAAAGUUAUUUGGAAUUUUCUCACACUGUGUAAUUUGACUCAUAACUCUUUGAUUGGCUACUUAAUCCAGCAGAGUGUUAUGAGUCAAAUGCCGGAGUUCCGAAGUUCCGAAGUGCAAAGUUGACAAAAUUCCAAAGUGCCGAAGUUCUAAAGUUUCUAAGUUCUGAAGUGGCAAAGGUUCGAGGUGCCGAAUUGUGGAAGUGCAGAAGUUGCCGAAGCUCCGAAGUGUCGAAGUGCCGAACUGCUAAAGUCCUGAACUGACGAAGUCCCGAACCGAGCCGAAUAUUUUCCCCAUGCACAUGCCUACUGCACAGCCCUCUAGGGUAAGGAAGCCAGGCCAAGACAAAGUCCAGUUUCAAAGCCCUCUGGCCUGUUUAAUUUAUGUUGUUAAGUAGCAGCAGGAUACAACAGGAUACAACAGGCAGCAAACCUUCUGUCACGACAGUGACCAAAGUCACAACAGUAACCCCUUCACACAGCGUGAAAACCCACAGAAAGACGGUUACCGGACCUUAGAAUGGUCGGACUAGCGUCUGAGAAUAGUCAAGAGAAAUAGCCAGAGGUCAAGGGAAUACGGAAGACGGGCACACGAUAAUCCAAGCCAAGAUACGGGAAACCAGAACACAGAAUAGUCAGAGAGGGAUAGCCAAGGGUCUAAUACCAGGAAGGACAAUAAGAAAAGAUAGCACCAGGGGACUUUAAACAAGAACCACACUAGGGCAUCUGACAAGUGUCAUGAUAGCCCUUUUAUAGUGUGGGUUCUAUGGCUUUAAUUUCGUAGCCACGCCCCCAAAAAGUCCGGGAGCGUGGCCACGUUUGAAUUUUGGCGCCAUUUUUACUCUGACGUCGGCGCACAUGCGCCGCGUCAUAAAUGUGGCCGUGUUCCGAGCGGCCGGCGUCAGAAUGUCUGAGCCGCCCCCCGGAAGCAUCGGAGGAGGACCCGGCGCUGCGCGGGACCGGCGGGGAAAGGUAAGCGCUUGUUACAGUACCCCCCCUCGAGAACCGCCCACAGGGCGGGAGGAACUGAACCCACAAGAGCGCCGCCUCUCAAAUAGACGAACCAGACGAGGGGCGUGAACAUCAGACGCAUCGACCCAUGAUCGCUCUUCAGGACCGUACCCUUUCCAAUCAAGGAGAUAUUGCAAUUUACCCCGAGAAAUCCGGGAAUCCAAUAUAGAUUUAACUUCGUAUUCGACAUGAUCCUCCACGGGUGCGGCAGGAGGAGUGGGGAUAUUCUGAGUAUAACGAUUACAAAUGAACGGUUUGAGAAGGGAAACAUGAAAAGCGUUAGGAAUUUUCAUAGUAUUUGGCAAUCUCAAACUAUAACAGACCGGAUUAAUGCGUUUGAGUAUCUGAAACGGGCCUAUGAAACGGGGAGCAAAUUUCAUCGAGGGUACCUUUAACUUUAUGUUACGGGUACUUAACCAAACCCUGUCCCCCGCCACGAACGUAGGAGCAGCCCUACGUCGUCUAUCCGCAUUCUUCUUUUGAAUCUGAGUCUUUUGAUUUAAGAUAUGUUUAACUGCAAGCCAAGUUUCUUUCAUAUUGUGAAGGGUGCUGUCAACACUAGGCACUCCUGUAGAUGAAAAAGAACUCGGCAAAGUAGGAGGAUUAAACCCAUAAUUAAUAAAAAAGGGACUAUGUUGAGUGGAUUCGUGUAUUAGAUUAUUAUGGGCGAAUUCAGCCCAUGGGAGUAGUUCCACCCAAUCGUCUUGGUGCUCAGAAAUGAAACAGCGGAUGUAUUGUUACAGGCAUUGAUUCAUCCUUUCCGUAACCCCAUUGGAUUGGGGAUGAUAAGAAGAAGAAAGGUUAAGGACAAUACCUAAUUGGUCACAAAAUGCCCUCCAGAACCGUGAAAUGAACUGUGGACCCCUGUCAGAUGUAAUAUCUUGAGGUAUGCCAUGUAAACGUACUACCUCUUUUAUAAAUAAAGAGGCCAGUUCAGAAGAGGAGGGUAAUUUGAUUAGUGGGAUGAGAUGAGUCAUUUUAGAGAAUCUGUCGAUUAUAGUCAAUAUAACCUUAUGGUUCCUGGAAGAGGGCAGAUCUACUAUAAAAUCCAUAGCAAUACUUGUCCAGGGUUUAUCGGGAAUGGACAAUGGCAAAAGGAGGCCCAAAGGACGAGCUUUGGAUGAUUUCGUGGAAGCACAGACCCUACAAGCAAGAAUGAACUCGCGAACAUCCUUCUUGUAUGAAGGCCACCAAAACUGUUCUUCGAGUAAAGACUCAGUUUUGUGAAUACCUGGAUGUCCUGCUAAUUUGGAGCUGUGUACAAGGAAUAAGACCUUUUUCCUAUAAGACAGGGGUACGUAUAGUUUUCCCCUGGGAAUAGUCAAUGAGGUCUGAUCCUGAAACCUAGAUAACUCCUCCAUUAACCCUGAAGAGAUUUUGGCACGGACGGUUGCGAUUAUAUGGUUGGAUGGGAUAAUGGAAGAGAGGUGCGUUACUGUAGGUGACAAAUGUUCAUAUUGACGGGAUAAGGCAUCAGCCUUAGUGUUCUUUGAUCCUGGUCUGUAAGUUACUAUGUAGUUGAAUCGUGUUAAAAAUAAAGACCAUCUAAUCUGUCUAUCUGACAUUCUUUUAGUUUCUCCAAAAUACGAAAGGUUUUUGUGAUCCGUAAGGAUGGUGAUGGGAAUGGUAGACCCUUCUAACAGAUGGCGCCACUCCUUGAGGGCAGAGAUAAUAGCCAAUAACUCCCUGUCCCCAAUGUCAUAUCUCUUUUCUGUCUCAGUUAAUUUCUUAGAAAAAAAUCCACAGGGAUGCAAUGGUUGAUCAUCAGAUGGACGUUGAGACAGUACGGCUCCAAUACCGGUUUCAGAUGCAUCCACCUCUAAUAUAAAUGGACGAGAGGGAUUGGGAUGCCUCAACACCGGUGCAGAAGAAAAGGCUAAUUUAAGUCUUUCAAAAGCUUCCUUGGCCUCGAGAUUCCAUUCAUUAGAAUUUCGCCCCUUUUUGGUCAUGUCAGUGAUAGGUGCAGUGAUAGAGGAGAAACCUUUAAUAAAUUUUCUAUAAUAAUUGGCAAACCCUAGAAAGCGUUGGAUAGCCUUGAGUCCAACGGGCAAGGGCCAAUUAAGGAUAGCUUCUAGUUUUUUUUUAUCCAUUUGGAAUCCAGACCCUGAAAUUAUGUAACCCAGAAAAUGCACAGUGUCUAUAUCAAAUUGACAUUUUUCUAAUUUACAGUAAAGUCCAUUUUUUAAGAGUUUAGAAAGAACCAACCUAACGUGAGUAUGGUGGUCUUUAAUAUUCUUGGAGUAGAUUAGAAUGUCGUCUAAGUAGACAAUAACAAACAUAUGUAAAUAGUCCCUUAAAACAUCAUUAAUGGGGCAUUGCAUAGCCCGAAUGGCAUGACCCUAUACUCGUAGUGACCAUAGCGAGUAUUAAAAGCAGUCUUCCAUUCGUGCCCUUUCUUAAUCCUAACUAGAUUGUAUGCCCCCCUCAGAUCCAAUUUCGUAAAAAUAGUGGCCCCUUUUAAUCUAUCGAAAAGUUCUGUGAUUAGAGGAAUAGGAUAGGCGUUACGUAUAGUUAUUUUGUUUAAACCCCGAUAAUCAAUACAGGGCCUUAAGUCCCCUUCCUUCUUGGAAACAAAAAAAAACCCAGCGCCAGCAGGGGAGGAAGAUUUAGUGAUAAACCCCUUUCUUAAGUUUUCCGUGAUAUAUUCCUCUAAUACCUUAUUCUCGGCUACCGAGAGGGGAUAAACUGUGCCUCUAGGGGGCAUAGUGCCGGGUAAUAAGUCAAUGGGACAAUCAUAGGACCGGUGUGGAGGUAAUUUUUCUGCCUCUCUUGGCUCAAAAACUGCUUUUAAAUCCCAAUAUUGUCUGGGUAUCAGAGUGGUUAAAGGUUCCAUAGUAGGUACAUUAAGGAGACCUACAUGUUUAAUAGGGGUAAUACAUUUUCUGCGGCAAGUCUCACUCCAUUUCACAAUUUCCUUUUUCUCCCAAUCUAUAGAAGGGUUAUGUUUAGAGAGCCAAGGAAAGCCAAGAAUAACCGGAAAGAUGGGGGAAGUGACUUGUUGCAGGAUAAUAACCUCCUUAUGCAGGGAACCUACGGACAAUACCACUGGAAGAGUCUCUUGUGUGAUAAACGGGAUAGAUAAUGGUCUACCAUCUAUGGCCUCAACGGCCAAGAGUGUUGAUCUAUUCUGAAAUGGGAAAGCAUGUUCCUGACCGAAUUUAUGAUCAAUAAAAUUUUCGGCCGCCCCAGAGUCUAUUAAGGCAAUGGUUGCCACUUUUUUAUUUUCCCACUCAAUAACAAUAGGUAGAAGAAGCCUAUGAUCUUUUUUAUCAUUAAAGGAGGACAUACACAUUACACCCAAGGCCUGUCCUCCAUGAGGGCUUAGGUGCGGGAGUUUUCCAGCCGGUUAGGACAGGUUGAACGAGAGCCUUUUGGCCACAGUAUAGGCAUAGUCCCUCCCUACGGCGGUAUUGUCUUUCAUCCUCAGACAAACGUGUGACUCCCAGUUGCAUUCUGGAGGAGCGACUGUUGUUGUCUCGGAUGAAGGAUAGGUUAACGCUAAGCGUUCUGGCACCCGUCGAGGUCUGUCUCUAGUAUUCUGCCUAUGUCUAAGACGCUCAUCAAUGUGGGAAAGAUAUGUGAUCAAUUCCUCUAACACAUUGGGUAGGUCUCUAGUGGCAACUUCAUCUAGGAGUUUAUCUGAAAGCCCGUUCAUGAAUACGUCAAUAAACGCUUGUUCAUUCCAUCUAACUUCAGCCGCAUGGGUACGGAAUUCUAAAGCGUAAUCAACAAGAGAACGAGAACCCUGUCUCAUACGUAGCAAGGUUUUGGCAGCAUUAGUUCUCCUCCCUGGAGGAUCAAAAGCCCUCCUAAAAACUGCGACAAAUUCUACAUAGUUAAACACUACCGGGUUAUCGUUCUCCCACAGAGGAUUUGCCCAAGUCAAUGCCCUAUCGACCAAUAAAGUAAUGAUGUAACCUAUCUUUGCCCUAUCUGUAGGGUAUGCUCUCGGAUGAAGCUCAAAAUAAAUACUGACUUGAUUCAAAAAACCUCGGCAGCCUUUAGGAUCACCCCCGUAACGGAGAGGGGAAGUAGCAUGAUUAGGAGUACCCAUAGUAACCAUUUCCAUGGGUUGUUCCUGAGGUCUGAGUACUGGGGUUUGCUCCUCCGGUUGGAGAUGGGCAGUACGAGCAAGCAAGAUUUGUACUGCAAUAGCGAACUGGUCCAUGCGAUGGUCCAGUUCCUCAAACCGGUCAUCAGGUGCCGGUCCGAGAGGGUUAACACCUGCAGGAUCCAUGGCCCUAGUGUAAUGUCACGACAGUGACCAAAGUCACAACAGUAACCCCUUCACACAGCGUGAAAACCCACAGAAAGACGGUUACCGGACCUUAGAAUGGCCGGACUAGCGUCUGAGAAUAGUCAAGAGAAAUAGCCAGAGGUCAAGGGAAUACGGAAGACGGGCACACGAUAAUCCAAGCCAAGAUACGGGAAACCAGAACACAGAAUAGUCAGAGAGGGAUAGCCAAGGGUCUAAUACCAGGAAGGACAAUAAGAAAAGAUAGCACCAGGGGACUUUAAACAAGAACCACACUAGGGCAUCUGACAAGUGUCAUGAUAGCCCUUUUAUAGUGUGGGUUCUAUGGCUUUAAUUUCGUAGCCACGCCCCCAAAAAGUCCGGGAGCGUGGCCACGUUUGAAUUUUGGCGCCAUUUUUACUCUGACGUCGGCGCGCAUGGGAAAAGGCGGGAAAAGGUAAGCGCUUGUUACACCUUCUUUCUCCUCAAAACACUUCCCUCACUCCACCCUGCUUUAACAGCAGUUAUAAAGGUGCUCACAGCCCCUACAGGUGAGGCUAAUGACCUCGUUAGGCAGUGAGCCAGAACUCCUCAGAAAACCUGGGCUGGACUCAUGCACAACCACUCUGACAGUGGGUGGAGAAUCGGCCCACCCUGCUCUUCCGAAUACUCCACCCCAGGGACCCAAAUAACAACAUAGAAAAAAAACUACAUUUAAACUUAACUUUCCCUGGGGCUGCAUGUGCUUACCCACGUCAGGAUAGUGGCUGCACAAAAGUCUGGGUGCCAGAUAUACACCCCUGACCACCAUCCCCAACACUCUGUCACACCACUUUUGUUGAUGUCAUUAGAUUUCACUUAAAUGCACUGUGAGUUGCAUUGCUCCAUUAUAUCAGAUACCUUACAAGUUUGUACUUUGCAUACUGUUUAUGCAUCCAGAAUAUAUAAUUCACUUGUACCAGGUUGACACUGCAAUAUUACAGACUGUAAUAAGGGUGGGGGACCUACCCUUGCACAUUUUCAGCAUGAAAUACUGUGUAUGCCUGCAAAACUAACACUUGCUUUUAAUUCAAUAUGAAAACCAAAUAAAAAUUCUAAGUGAAAAAAAAAUGCCACACCACACAUUACAAACCUAGAACACUUAAAUUUUUAAAUCUAAUCAUAUUUGCUUAAGACAACCAGAGGAAGCCUAAUUACUACAAUAAAAUCCCUAAGUACCUGUUGGUGCAAAUUGUCUCACACUAGGGUUUGAAGUACUUCAGCUUUAAUUGCUUUUGUAUUACAUCUGUCACAUGUUUGCUGGGGUUUGAUGAUUUUGCAAAUCUGCAGUAAUUAGCUCUUUUUUUAGUGUACAGGAAAUAUAUUUAAAAUUUGUAAUAUAUCCUGUCCUUAAUAAAAAGCUUACUCAUUUCAGUUUUAACUGAUCAACAGCUUUAUUUCAUUUUUUUUAUCACUAACGUACUUGGAAAAAUCUUUAUUCAUUUUUACACUUUUGCUAUGGCAACGUUUUUUAUUUUGUAAUGUAUCCAAUCUGAUUGCUACAAUGCCUAUUUUGCUUGCUUCUUUGUAUUAGCUAAACAAUACAGUUGAUUUAGAUGACAUUUUAAGUCUUUUAAGUCUGACCUUUCAGUAACAUCUCAUUGACAAAGUCCUGCUGAUGCAAAACAUGCAUGAUGUAGCAUGCUGUCAAAGAGCCCAUAUAACUGACAGCAAAUAACAUCAGGGGGUAAGUACUUUCAUUUGAAUCAAAUUUAUUAAAAAAAAAAAAAAAAAAGAUGUAUUCUUUCGGACUAUGUGGGUGGUAGCAACUAUAGAAAUGAAUUGCCUGAAUUCAAGAAUAUUUUCUUAAAACAAACAUAAAAUAUUUUAUUUUAGGAAAAAGAACUUUAUUCCUAACUUUCUUUUUUCUUUCCUUAAUGGUUCUCUUGCUCACAUGUCUUUGUACCCUGGUCCUGCUGACAUUUCUACCACAGGAUUGAUGUGUUUUAUUUUUGAUUGCUGUGCUUCCUACCCACCUUAAUGCAUCACAUUCUCCUAAAUAUAGUAAAAUAUUUAAAAGUGCAAGGAACGCAGGCCUAUCCCAUUUUCACUUGUGGGACUCAAGCCACUGUUCUCCUAAUUGUCAGGAGUGUCACAGAGAUCCAAUGGGCAGUGUCUAAACAAAUAAAUAAUUAAAAGUAUAACGGACCUUAGAGUGGCCGGCCUACUGUGAGCAAGGACAGAGAAUAGUCCGGAACAAGCCAAGGUCAAAGAAACCAGAAGUCUGAAUAAACGAGAAAGCACAAACCGAGUCGGAGGAAAGGAGAGUAGUCAGAACACAGCUCUAUGAGCCCUCUUUAUAUUGUGGCUCUUUAAGUUGGCAGCCACACCCCCAAAAGGGUGCCGUGUCAUACAAGGGGCAGAGCUACAGUGACCAGCGUCAGAACCGCUGAUGAAAGAGGGAGAACCUUGAGGAUGGUCCUCCUCCACAUGGAAGAGGUCCCCACACUGAGUCCCAGCCUGCCAACAUAACACAGGUACGCUAACAAUGCCCCCCUUCAAGAACCGCCCAAUGGGCGAAAGGACAAGAAGCAAAACGGGAAUGAAAUGACCUAAGGAGACAAGAAGCAUGAAUAUCAGAAGACCUUUCUUCAGGACCAUCUUGGGCGUCUGUGGCAAAUGGUCCCCUCCCCUGACAGUAUCUGCAAGGCUGUCACUUGGUUUUCAUUGAACACGUUCAUUUGUCACUACAAACUGGAUGUUAAAGCUGCAAAUGAAUCUCAGUUUGGACAUCAAGUCCUUCAUUCAGUUCACUCUUCUAAAUAUUGAGUUGUUCUGAUAUGUUCAUUAAACUUAUUUCUGCAUUUAUUCAGUCUCUUGUCCCUCCCUGGCAAGCUUGGGUAUUCCCAUAUGUAUAUGCUGCCAUGAUUAGCCAGGAAAGUGGAAAAUGUAUUCAUACUUACCAUAAUUUUCUGUUCUUGGCUAUUAUUUAUGGCAGCAUAUACUACCCACCCAGUGUUGGAUUAACUUCUUCUGUAGGAGCUUGUUACUGACUGAGGGAUCUAUACAGGGAUACGUCGUUAAAGGUUUUUGCUUUAUUCCUGUCCUAUCGGCUGUAAGGGGAGGAGCUAAUCCAUAUAUAUAUAUAGGUAUAUGCUGCCAUGAAUAAUAGCCAGGAAGAGAAAAUUACGGUUAGUAUGAAUAAAAUUUCCACUAUAUAUACUCACACACUUCUUGAAAGAAAGUCAAUUUUAAAGGAAAACUACUGAGUGUUCUUUCAUUUUUGCAGGGACUUUAGAAAAGUGAGUCACUUUUGUAUAUUUCUUGCUGAGCUAUACCUCCAGCUUCACAGCAAUAAGUUGCCUCAAAGGAGAGCACUCAAUGGUCUUCUUGUGAACCUAAAUUUCUCUCAAAAAUGGGUUUUUGACACAGAACAGUAUCAUGUUGCCCCACAGAACAUGCCACAGUCGGUUGGUCCAUUUUACUGUCACGUGCCCAGUAAUAAAUUCAGUAGGUUUUCCAUUUAAUAAAUACCACAGUAUGUUUGCCCAUUAACAUAUACCACAGUAUAAUAUAUAUGUUUAUUAAUAUCACAGUAAGUUUGCCAAUUAAUAAAUACCACAGUGACAAUAGAAAACUAUAUAUACUACUAGAAUAAAAUACAGUGAAAAUAAAAAUCUAGUGCAAAAAAGGUGUAUGACUUAUAUAUCUUAUACAGGCUUCUGUAGAUUCAGAUAUAUGCAGAUGACACAAACUGGUAUCAAAGACCUACAAUAAAAAAGAAAACAGCAAGCAUGGUGUGACCAGUAAAAGUUGUAAAACAAUAGGAUGGGUUUGGAUAUAACUCACAUGUCCCAGAGCCGUACCACGCUCUAUGUGAAAGGUCAAAUGGAGCCAAUAUUGGCCACAGGAUCCACUUUCAGAAGUAGGAUACAGGACAUCAGGAGAUUUCACAGGCAUAUAUUUUAUUAGUACAAAGUAUAAACAAACAAAAAGUACAAACAAGAAUUCGAGAGGAAUUUUAGUGGAAUACCUCUUAACCACCAAAAGUAACCCAGGAUCAAAAUAAAAGAAUAUUGUAUAAAAAAAAGAUAUAGCAAAUGCUUUUUUCGGCAUCAAAUCUUUUAUCAGUGCAAUACGGUAAGUUUGCCAAUUAGUAAAUAUCACAAUGUGCCUAUUUAUAAAUUAGGUGAGGUGACUAAAUCAAUUGCUGGGCCGAUAAUCCUUGGAGAAAAGAGGUGGAAUGGUAUUAUUCUGAUUUUUUUCCAGGUGUGACAGUGAAUGUGCUGAGCCUCUAAACCACAACAUUUAUUAUGAUAAACAGAUAUUGGCUCUUCAACCCCUUAACCCCUUAAGGACACAUGACAUGUGUGACAUGUCAUGAUUUCCUUUUAUUCCAGAGGUUUGGUCCUUAAGGGGUUAAGGACACAUGACAUGUGUGACAUGUCAUGAUUCCCUUUUAUUCCAGAAGUUUGGUCCUUAAGGGAUUAAAGGGAAACUAUAGUGAAACUUUAGUGCCAGGGAAACAAUCUUGUUUCCCUGGCACUAUAGCUUCCCCCUCUGUCAAGCCCUCCCCCACCCCUUAGGUGCAGAAUGGGUUAAUAACCCCUUCUGUCACUUACCUGGGUUUUUUAUAGGGCAUGGCAGCUGUAACCAACACCUCCAAUCUCAUCUCAUUGAUUGGACUCCAGUUGUCUGACAUCUCACUCCAAUUAGUUCUUGGAGAUGUCAUAAGUCUAGGGGUUCACAUACUUUUUCCACCUGCACUGUGAAUGUUUACAUGGUGUGUUCAAUAAAAACAUGGAAACAUUUCAUUCUUUGUGUGUUAUUAGUUUAAGCAGGCUGUGAUUGUCUAUUGUUGUGACUUAGAUGAUGAGCAGAUCACAUUUUAUGACCAAUUUUUGCAGAAAUCCAUAUCAUUCCAAAGGGUUCACAUACUUUUUCUUGCAACUGUACAAAUCUGACGGGUGGACUGCGCAUGCGCGUGGCACAUCCAUUAGAUAUAAAUCUGAUAUACAAAUCUGACGGGUAUACUGCACAUACACACGGCACAUCCUUCAGAUAUAGAAAUCUGAUAUACAAAUCUGAUGGGUGUACUGCCCAUGCGUGCAGCACAUCCUUCAGAUAUAGAAAUUUGACAGGUGCACUGCGCAUGCGCAUGGCAAAUCUUUCAGAUAUAGAAAUCUGAUAUAAAAAUUUGACGGGUGUACUGCGCAUGUGUGCAGCACAUCCAUCAGAUAUAGAAAUCUGACGAGUGUACUACGAAUGCGUUCGGCACAUCUAUCAGAUUUAAAUCUGAUAUACAAAUCUGACAGGUGUACUGCGCAUGCGUGCAGAACAUCCAUUAGAUUUAAAUCUGCCGGGUGUACUGCGCAUGCGCACGGCACAUCCUUCAGAUAUAUAAAUCUGUUAUACAAACCUGAUGGAUGUACUGCCCAUGUGCGCAGCACAUCCUUCAGAUAUAGAAAUCUGACAGGUGCACUGGGCAUGCGCACGGCAAAUCUUUCAAAUAUAGAAAUCUGAUAUAAAAAUUGGACGGGUGUACUGCGGAUGUGCGCAGCACAUCCAUCAGAUAUAGAAAUCUGACGAGUGUACUACAAAUGCGUUUGGCACAUCCAUCAGAUUUAAAUCUGAUAUACAAAUCUGACAGGUGUACUGCACAUGCGCGUGGCACAUCCUUCAGAUAUAGAAAUCUGAUAUAGAAAUCUGAUGAUUGUACUGCGCAUGCACACAGCACAUCCAUCAGAUAUAGAAAUAUAAUUACAAUAAAUAAAUAAAUAAAAAUAAAUAAAAUAUAAAAAAAAAAAUAAACAAAUUAUAAAUACAUAUGUAAUUUCAUUCUCACUGUAUUUUGUUAUGAAUAUAUAUUGGUAACAAAAUACACUUAGAAUGACAUUCUAUAUAUAUCUAUCUAUAUAUAAAAUACAAAUAAUCGCAAAUAUAUAUAUAUACACAUAAAUAUAUAUAAUAACAUAAAUAACUACAUAAGUGUAAGCGUAGACUUUAAAUACAUAUAUAUAUAUUAAAAUUCUACGUGUAUAUUUAAGUAAUAUUUUAACAUAAUUAUGUGAUUGAAUUAAUUAAAAUUUGAUUGAAAAGCCUGACAACUAGGCAUGUGCAUGGGGAAAACUUUUGUUUCGGUUCGCCAUUCUGAGAUUCGGGACUUCGACAAUUCAGCACUUCGAAACUUAGGCAACUUUGACACUUCGACACUUCGACACUUUGGAACGUCGGCACUUCGACCCUUUGGAAAUUCGGCGUUUCGGGACUUCUCUUGCAGCCGCUUGGUAGAUAACACCCUAAUUCUCACGGUAUUAGGGAGCUAUCUACCAAAAGGCUGAAAGACCUAAAUUUCAGUCAAAUUUACUAAUACUAAGUAAAAAUUACUUAGUAUUAGUCAAUUUUGCCCCUAAUCGCUAUACCGCGAGUAGGGGCAUGUCUAGUAAACAGUGAGCAGCCUGUGGCUGCUCACUGUUUAAAAAAUAAAUUAAAAAGUAAAGCAUUCUCUCCUCCUGAGCCUUUUAAAUAAAAGGGGGGACCUAUUACCCCCCUCAGCCCCCACCCCUGAGUGGUGGGUGGGGGCCCUAAAGUAAAAUAAUGGGGGGUGACCUAAUGUCCUCCCCCCUGGCCCCCACCCCUGAGCGGUGGGUGGGGGCCCUAAAUUAGAAUAAGGGGGGGACCUUAUGUCCUCCACCCUUGCCCCAACACCUAAGCGGUGGGUGGGGGCCCUAAAUAAAAAUUGGGGGACACCUAAUGUCCUGCCCCCUGGCCCCCACCCCUGAGCGGUGGGUGGGGGCCCUAAAUAAAAAUUGGGGGGGACCUAAUGUCCUCCCCCCGGCCCCCACCCCUGAGCAGUGGGUGGGGGCCCUAAAGUAAAAUAAUGGGGGGACCUAUUGUCCUCCCUCUGGCCCCCACCCCUGAGUGGUGGGUGGGGGCCCUAAAUAAAAAUUGGGGGGACCUAAUGUCCUCCCCCCUUGCCCCCACCUCUGAGCGGUGGGUGGGGGCCCUAAAUAAAAUGUCCCCAAUUUCUAUUUAGGGCCCCCACCUGCCGCUCAGGGGUGGAGGCCAGGGGAGAGGAUAUUAGGUUCCCCCCUUUUUCUAAUUUAGGGCCCCCACCCACCGCUCAGGGGUCGGGGCCAGGGGGGAGGACAUUAGGUCUUCCCUAGGGCCCCCACCCACCACUCAGGUGUGGGGGCCCGGGGGAGGACAUUAGGUCCCCCACCAUUUUUUAUUUAGGGCCCCCACCGACCGCUCAGGGGUGGGGGCCAGGGGGGCGGACAUUAGGUCUCCCCCCUAAUUGGUAUUUAGGGCCCCCACCCACCACUCAGGGGUGGGCACCAUGGGGGAGGACAUUAGGUCCCCCCUUUUUCUAAUUUAGGGCCCCCACCCUUCGCUCAAGGGUGGGGGCCAGGGGUGAGGACAUUAGGUCCCCCCAUUUUUUAUUUAGGGCCCCCACCCACUGCUCAGGGGUGGGAGGACAAUAGGUCCCCCCCUAUUCUAAUUUAGGGCACCCACCCGCCGCUCAGGGGUGGGGGCCAGGGGGGAGGACAAUAGGUCCCCCCUUAUUGGUAUUUAGACCCGCCGCUCAGGGGGGUGGGGGCCGGGGGGAGGACGACAAUAGGUCUCCCCCCUAUUCUACUUUAGGGCCCCCACCCGCCUCUCAGGGGUGGGGGACGGGGGGCAAUAGGUCCCCCUUAAUUUAAAAGCCGCCACUGGCUCAGGAGUGGGAACAUGUUUUUUGUUUAAACAGUUUUCAGCCACAGGCUGCUCACUGUUUACUAGACAUGCCCCUACUCGCGGUAUAGCGAGUAAGGGCAUAAUUUACUAACACUAAGUAAUCUUUUGUUAGUAUUGGUAAAUUUGCCUGAAAGACCAAUUCAGGUCUUUCAGCCUUUUAGUAGAUAGCUCCCUAAUAGCGGGGGAAUUAGGGAGUUAUCUACUUAUUUAUUCCUGUCAUUACAUUGACUGGCCAAGUAACUUACAUUUUAUAUGAAUGUGUAUUACUUGAUUGUUGUAAGUGUUGCAAAUGCUUACAGCUGAAUCCUGGCUAUGUUUGUAUACUUUUUAUUUAAAAUUGCAUACAGUGUAACAUUCUUCUUCUUCCACUGGGUAAGUAUAUUAGUACUUAGGCAAUACUGUGCUUCGGAACUUCGGCAACUUCGGAACUUCGGCACUUCAGCACUUCGGAAAUUCGGUAAUUUCAGAACUUCGACAAUUCGGCAUUUUGGCAAUUCAGCUAUUCGGAAAUUCGGAAGCACCCGAAUUUCCCAAAUUCGUCCGAAUUUGCAUUCGGACCGAAACGAACUGCACAUGUCUACUGACAACCCAGGCAGAAAGUGCAGAGAAUUUGAAUUGCAAGCACUCUAUUUACCCCUGUAACUUUCCAAGACAUCAUAAAACCUAUACAUUGGGGGUACUGUUUUACUCGGGAGACUUCGCUGAACACAAACAUUAGUGUUUCAAAAUGGUAACUUGUAUUACAACAAUGAUAUUUUUAGUAAAAGUGAUGUUUUUGCAUGUUUCACACACAAACUGCACUGUUACUGACGAUAUUAUUGUUGUAAUAUGUUUUACUGUUUUAAAACACUUAUUUUUGUGUUCAGUGAAGUCUCCCAAGUAUAACAGUACCCCCAUGUACAAUUGUUAUGGUGUUUUGGAAAGUUAGAGAGUCAAAUAUAAGGCUUGCAUUUCAUUUUUUUCACAUUGAAAUUUGCCAGAUUGGUUAUGUUGCCUUUUGAGACCGUAUGGUAGCCCAGGAAUAAGAAUUACCCCCAUGAUAGCAUACCAUUUGCGAAAGGAGACAACCCAAGGUAUUGCAGAUGGGAUAUGUCCAGUCAUUUUUAGUAGCCACUUAGUCACAAACACUGGCCAAAGUUAAAAUUCAUAUUUGUUUUUGUGUAAAAAAAGCAAAAAAAACAAAAAUUUGGCCAGUGUUUGUGACUAAGUGGCUAUUACAAAAGACUGGACAUACCCCACUUGCAAUACCUUGGGUCAGGGCCGGAUUAACAUAGGGGCUGAUGGAGCUGCAGCUCCAGGCCCAGGCCCAUGGAAUAGGCCCAUUGAUUUAUAAAAAAAAAAAAAAUUUUUUUUUUUUACAUUUUUUUUUUUUCACACACAACUCUUAGGGAUUCCACCUGGCUUUUAUUUUAUUGGCACAGCCAGUAUUUGAGGCUGCCUGGCUGGUGCCAAUAUUACAGUGAUACUGGCAAUACAAAUGUUGGUAUUUUUCUCAGUAUAAACAAGAGAUUACUAUGCAAUACCAGCACUGGCCAGUAGGGGUCGCUGUGUGUGGAGACAGGCAGGGAUAGGAAGUUCCAGCAUAUCCCUCCCUGCCUAUCUAUACUCACUGAUCUGCAGGGGUGCAGCUACAGAGAGUCCAGACAGCAACUCCCACCCUGCAGAGACAGCCUACAGCUCAGGGAAGUGAGGGAUGGGGAAAGGCUGCAAGGAGACAUACACUGAGACACUAUGGGACAUUAGGAGACAUUAUGACACAGACACAUGUGGACACAGUGUCCCCAUGUCUCCCAGCCAGUGUCCCUGGUGUCUCAGUGCCCCCUAUUCUCCCAGUGCCCCCAGUCUGCCAGUGUCUCACUGUCCCCAUGUCUCCUAGUGCCUCCAUGUCUUCCAGUGCCUCAAUGUCCCCAUAUCUCCAAGCUAGUGUCCCUAGUGUCUGUGGCCCUGGUGUCUCCUUGUCCCCAUGUCUCCCAGUACCCCCAUUUCUCAAUGUCCCCAUGUCCCCCAGCCAGUGUCUCUAGUGUCUGUGUCCAUGGUGUCUGUGUCCCCAUGUCUUCAAGUGUCCCCUAUUUUCCAGUGUCCCCAUGCAUCCCAGCCAGAGUCCCCUAGUCUCCCAGUGUCACUGGUGUCUCCGUGUCCCUAGGUCUCCCCGUGUCCCCAGGUCUUCCCGUCUUCGUAGUGACAUGGGGACCCUGGGAUACAUGGGGACACUGGGAGACAUGGGGCACUAAGACACUGAUACAUAGGAAAACUGAGACCUGGAGUAAUCGACACAUGGGGGCACUGGGAGACAUGGGGCCACUGGGAGGAGUCCAGCUAUACAGCAGAAUCAAACUAUGUAGUUUUUUGGUGAUUUUACAGCAUUUUCUCUUAUGUCACUCCUUGUGAUUAACAUCAUGUGAUGUCACCCAUACAUAUUUAAUUAUGCAAAUUAGCAAGGCCGGUAUGUUUUUCCAAGAAAGGUGGCAACCCUAACUACUUUUCACAUACUCUUACUUAAGUAUGGAAACUUAAGAGGGAUGUAUGGGAACAAAACUUGUGUGGACUGGCUGACAAUGAAUAUAGUUAAAGGGACACUAGAGUCACCAGAACAACUACAGCUUAUUGAAUUUGUUCUGGUGAGUAGAAUCAUUACCGUUCAGGCUUUUUGCUGUAAACACUGUCUUUUCAGAGAAAAUGCAGUCUUUACAUUACAGCCUAGUGAUAACUUCACUGGCCACUCCUUAGAUGGCUGUUAGAGAUCCUUCCUGGGUCAUGGCUGCCUAAAAUGCAUCCAAACAUUCAGUGUCUCCUCCCUCUGCAUGCAGACACUGAACCUUCCUCAUAGAGAUUCAUUGAUUCAAUUAAUCUCUAUGAGGAGAUGCUGAUUGGCCAGGGCUGUGUUUGAAUCAUGCUGUCUCUGCCCCUGAUCUGCCUCCUUGUCAGUCUCAACCAAUCCUAUGGGGAAGCACUGUGAUUGGAUUAGGCCACCACUUCUAAUGAUGCCAGCAGACUGCUUGUUUUUCUGAGUCUAACAGAGUCUAACAGAGUUACAGCUUCAGGCUUGAAUACAGUAAGAUUUUGCUAUAUUUAUGGAGGCAUGAGGGGCCCAGGGGGGCUAGAUGGUGGUGUCAACACUAUAGGGUCACAAAUUCAUGUUUGUGUUCCUGACCCUAUAGUGAUCCUUUAAGGUAAUGCUGACUUUUGUCCUCUAACACUGUGGCAUGUCCCCUUUCUUCUACACUCUCUACAUACACCUUUUCUUUGUCCCAGACUAUAUACCAGGAGCUUCUGCCUGCUAGUAAGAAGGUAAGGAGACAAGUGGACCAGCGAGUGCUAGGGGACAGUCCUUAAAAAGUGUUGAGCGAGCGCAUCAUUAGAUGCAUUUAUGCCAAGCUCAGGGUGCUGUCUGCAUAGUAUGCCCUUAGUUGGCCAGCUGCAUGAUUGGCAGGCAGCCUGACAUGCAUUCAUACCAGGCUGGCCUUCUAAUUCUUUGGGCAGACAUGUCCUCUUUUUGGGCAUGUUCGCCCCUUUUGGCAGGUUACGUGAUUUGUGUCAGUGGCACACCCUUUUACCGUGCUCAUUGACUUCCUGCUUGACUGGACACUGCUGUUAGGGGUUAUGGAUUUACUUGAAAGAUGAAAACAUUAAUUAGAGGGAGAGUAGCAUAGGGUAUGUGUUUUCUUAUAGCUGCUGUUUUCUUUCUCUCCAGCACCAUCUCCAUCAGAUACAUGAUGCUUGGGAGUGUUUUACUGUUUUUGGUCGAUAUGAUUCUGUAAUUAGGCCCGUCAUAAUUAUCAGCACCAGGUCCACUGGGCUCUUAAUCUGGCCCUGCCUUGGGUUGUCUACUUUUGCAAAUGGUAUGCCAUCAUGGGCGUAAAUCUCAUUCCUGGGCUACCACACGUUCUCAAAGGUAACAUUACUAAUCUAGCAAAAAAAGCAGAAUGGCUCCAAAACUCAAUACAAAAGCUGCUCCAACACCUCCACACUCAACGUCACGUGCUACCCGCUGGCUCCAGCAUGCAGGGGGCGGUGCUAUAAAACCUCCCAGGUGCCAUGCAUCCUGGGGAAACUUGCUUUGUAUUUAAAAAAAAAAUUGUAAACUGAGGUAUUAUUUUCAAUGGAUUUCAUUUUUGUAAACCGAAAAUUAUGUUAACCGAGGCGUUUGUAAACCGAGGUCCCACUGUAUUGUUAUUUUGAUACCUGAAGAAGUGACAUUAUUUAAAAGAGAACCAGAGGUUUUGUUAUAAAAGUAAAAAUAGACUGCUGCCUCCCUUAAAGUCUCAGCACAUGAAUCAGCAUCAAUACUUUAAAUCACAAUAAUAUUCACAAAAACUAAAAUAACAUAAUAAAACUAAAAUAACAUAAUACAGAUCAAAAUAAAUAGUGUUGUAACCUCAGUUUUAAAAGUAGAUAAAUGCUAUGUUAUCUUAAAAUAAAAAUUAUCUCCACUGACUAUCUUCCUAAGAAGCUACUCUGUUGCAGCACUUUUCCUUCAUCCUUCAGGUUUGCCAGCCUCCUCCAUCUAAUACACAUAUUGUAAUAAUCACAAUCUUACUAAAACAAUAUUUUAGGAUAUUGGUUAACAUUAUUAAAACACAUUCACAUGGAUAACAAGUAUUUUGAAAGACAACAGUAAAAUAAAACAUACCUGUCUCUUAUGUUCCUGCUGUAAAAUCAUAUUUUCAUUGUUGUUAGAUUUAAUCCAUAUGUUUCAACUCUCGAAAGUCCAGUUGCCCAUUAAGUAAACUUUUCCUGGAUUCCUGGAUUUAAUUCUGUUGCAUAGAUAAGUUGCCCUCCCUGUACAGUGAGUGACUGCCUCCCUGUAGGCAGUGACAAGCUUCUUAUGAUGCACCUCACUGAUUAUGACUAUGACAUGUGUAUGAUGUAAUCAGCUCAGCUAUGUGACAAGCAUAUACACUUGUAAUCAAAUUAUAUACAUGUUGAAUGAUCACUCAGGACUUAAAUUUAAUUUAAGGGAGAACAGGCUUGAUGUGAAAUCAAUCAAUUAAUUGAUUAAAUCAUAUGCUUUGCCAGAGAUAACAUGAAAUAAUACAUCAAUAAUUGGUUAGGUGUUAAGUGGUUCAUUUAUUGCUCUUCCUACCGGGUGUGAUGUCACUGGUAUCUUGGAGGUCUCCCCCAGAUUCCAGCGCCAUCUUGUUAGUGAGGGUGUUAGUCGAUGUCGAAGUGGAAACUCCCUAGCGGCCAUUUUAGGUAAAUCACAUUUAAAGUUGAAUAAUGCUGAUUGUAGGUAUGCUGAGUAAAUAGGCAUCUUAUUGACAUAAAUUGAGUUAAUAUUUUUGUCUACAACAGUCCCCCCUUAAAAUGACUAUUUACCAAAGAGACAACUACUAACUGACCCUAAUAAUGUCCCUACUUGGCUGCAGCUCAUCUGUCUGAACAGGCCUCAAACGCUUCACUGCACGGGUAUCCCGUAGUGGCUAACCCACUACAUCUCCCGCGUCAGACUUCUACCUGUGGAGACAGACGCUGUCCCUAUGCUGUCCAUAUAAGGAAGUAGUUGUCUUUUUGAGGUGGUGGGACUGAAGAGGUGUGUGUGGUGUGUCACAGUCUAUAUCAUCAAUAUCCUGAUGUAGGAAUGUAGGUUUGGUGUGGUCAAUGGUCUGACUUACAGUCUUCUGUACGUAUUCCUGCACACAGGGCAUCACACAGCAAGCCAGGAAGAGAAAGAGAAUAAACACAGUAAGAACAGCCAUACCUACUUGAAGGAGAGUUUUCUGCCAUCCACUCAUCCAACCAAACCAUCUGUCCCAUGAAUUGGGGAUUCCUGAGUUCUUUGUUAAUUCAUCAGAGAAACUUUCUAAUUUCUCUAUGGCCAUAGUUACCUUACCAUUGGGGCCUGUAUUGUCUGGGAUGAAGGUACAGCAUGUCAUAGUAUCGGGAAGUAUUUUACACACGCCCCCCCCUUCUCUGCUAGUAUCAUGUCUAAGGCCAUUCAAUUCUGAAAUGUAAUUUGGGAGGUAGUCUGUAAAUGUUCUGCCAAGCCCUGGAGGGCAUCUCUCGUGUAAUUGACAAAGCGUUGCUGAUUAUAGUAAAUAUAAUUGAUCCAAUUAACAUUUUUGUUAGCGGUGAUGAGUGGGAUCAAGGAUUCGAAUCCCGCUGCAACCUCAUCUCUAGCCUUGAACUCGUUUGGUACCCCCCUUGGUACACCUAUGGCAUAGAUAUAUAUAUGUGGGUCGAAACUACCUCAAACAAGGGUUUCUCUUUUUACCCUAAAAUAUGUGUGUGGUGAAUCAAGUGGGCCUUGGUGGUUGUCAGAAAUUAUAUGUAUGGGCAUGAUAGCUUUGGUCAGAAUGCAUUCUCCCCACCACAGGCCAGUCAUUUUAGAUCUGAGCUGCAUGUCACCACAUAGCCAAUAAAUGUCUUCCACGGACUUAACAUGAUUUACUAAUAGGGCAGUGGGAGGUUCUCGAUAGGUAGUACAGUAACCAGAAGGGAAUUUACCCACAAAUUAUCCUGUGGCUCCAUGUAUUUUGUAGCAAGUGUAGUUACCUGGGUACAUCGUGAUCCCAUCAGGUGGCUUGAUAUUCCCUUGGGCUAUUGGGUAUACCUUUUUCCAUGAUUCACACACAGAUGAGUGUGUUGGUGACUGCGCAUAGAGACUUAGUGUCAGGAUUACUGUUUGAUCCAGCACGUAGAACUGUACAGCACGUAUGACAAAUAAGUAACGUAUUACCGGUCCUUAGAAUGGCCGGAUUUAACGUACAAAGAAUAGUCAAAAAUACUAGCCGAGGUCAGGGAACACAGAAAGGGACACAGCGAUGAGGAAAGCCAGGAGUCAGGAUACCAGAAUAUAGAGAAGUCAAUAAACAAAGCCAAAGUCAAAAACCAGGUAGAAAACUAUAAACAGGAACGCGCUCUCAGACAACCACAAGGGAAACCACGACAGGGCACUGAGCAGGCUGAGAACUGGGCCUAAAUACCCCUCCUUUAGUUCUGAUAGGCUGUAACCGGCCUUUGACCCCAAAGUCAGUUACCAGGUUUCAUUUGCAUAAUUGCUGCUCAGCAUUAACCCUUCUGUGGAUUAGGUUGCUGCUCGGCACAACUUUUCCUGUGUGGACAGUAAAUGUCAUUAAUCACUUUUCUCUAAGCGGAUGAAUACAUGACACCAGGUUUCAUUUGCACAAUUACUGCUCAGCAUUAACCCUUCUGUGGAUUAGGUUGCUGCUCAGCACAACUUUUCCUGUGUGGAUAGUAAAUGUCAUUAACCACAUUUCUAUAAGCGGAUGAAUUUGUGACACUUAGGAAACAUAUUUCAACAUCUGAAGGUAGACUGAAGGGCACUGUACCCAGAUGGGGUCUGGCCCCUCCACAAACAUAACAGUUAGUUUUAUUGUGUGAAUUAGCAUUAUACCUCAUCCACUCAAGCCAUAGAUUAGUAUCUGAAAACCCAGUCUCCACAGCCAUAGUGUCUUCAAACGUGGGAUUAGCAAUGGCUACCAUGUCUUUAAGGGUUUUAAUGUGUGGUUUUAAAGGGUUAAUCGUCAUGUGUGUAGAGUCUACCCAGUCAGGUGACGUAAGCAUGUCUUGUAAAUAGAAGGUCCCCAACUUGUCAUAUGAGCCACCCCCUUUCCAAUACAUUCCCAAUACAUACUCGCCAGCGUCCCCUGAGCUGGGAUGUUCUAUGUUUAAGGUGAGUUUCAUUGGGGUAGACUCUGUUGGCUUACAUAAGGUAAUUCUGUGUAACAAGGGUUUCCCAUAUCUGUCAAUCCUAUCUAAGGCACUUUGUGGUCUGUAGCCCCACGGUCGCCCUGUGUUCCAACCCCCUGCUUUCCAGGUACCACAGUGGUGUCCCCAAUGGCCGUCUGUCACACAAACGUAGGGGUCCUUCUUGUUCGGUAUGUCUUUGUAUAUUGCUGAGUGUUGUGACUGUGGAAAGGUACAAGGAACAAUAUCACAGUAAUCAAAGGUAAAAGUAGCUACAUGUGUGUUUGAAGAGUUAUACCAGAAUGUGUAAACAUGAUUAUCUUUGGUAAUAGCAACUUGUUGGGCCUUUAAUAGGCUUAGCAGCAAAAAUAGGCACAGGAAGCUCAUGGUUUGGCGGAAUCUGCUUCCUCUGGAUCAGGAACUUUCUUACAGUGCGAGGCGUGUAUACAGGUACUCUUCCCAGCCAACUUUACAGAGGUAGACGUAGUCAGUAGCACUUGGAAUGGACCAUCAAAUCUUGGCUCAAGGGUAUGUUUUCUGAGAAACUUCUUGACCAUGACCCAGUCACCAGGAAGUAGCUUAUGUGUGCCUGUAUUUGACUCUGGAUCUGGAAUAGAAGAAAACACUUGUGCAUGGAUUUUGGUCAAAGCAUGAGAGAGUGCAGUUAUAUAAUCUACCAUUGCAUCUGACUGAAUUUGGAGUUGUUGAGGAAAGUAACAGCCUAACCUGGGUGCUGUACCAAAUAAGAUCUCGUAGGAGGAAAAGCUAAAUCUCCCUCUUGGAGUGUACCUUACACUAAAUAUUGCUAUGGGAAGCAGGGCCGGACUGGGAGAAAAAUUCGGCCCGGGCAUUUUUUUAACACAGCGGCCCACUAAGAUGGGGGCGGGGGCAGAGGAGGUGUGUUUUGUCAUCACCAAUGACAAACACGCCCCCUCUCAAAGUGAGCAUGUUGGUUCAAUGCUCUUCCAGGGCAGACCAUGCGCAGAGCUCUGCUGAAGAGCUCUAGCAUGAUAAAAAAAGCCCUGUAUUUGUUCUGCACAGUGAAAGCAAAUUUAAUAACAUGCUUGCACUGUGUUUCCUUGCAAAUUGUCUCUGGUGUCUCUAUAAAGAUACCAGGAAACAAAAAUGCCAGGAAAGAGUAUUGUGCAUGUGUUUGGAGCCUGCUUGUGGUAUUGCGUGAGCUGAUUGUGGUGCGGUAUUGUGUAAUAAGGUUGGUUUUAGUCAUGUUGUGUUUGUGGUGUAAUGUGAUGCAUAUGUGGCUAGGGGCUGUAGAGAAUGUGUGUAUUGGGGAUAUAGCAAGUGUGUGCAUACAGGCUAUAGUGUGUGUGUGUGUGUGUGUGUAUAGGUGAUGUAGUGUAUGUUUAGGGGUGUAGUAUGUGUUUGCUUACAAGGAAUCUAGUGUGUGUAUAGGGGAUCCAGAGUGUGUAUGUUAAGAGUGUGUGUGUAUAUAUAUAAAUAUAUAUUUGGAAGUAUUGUGUAUGUGUGUGGUGCAGUGUGUUGAGGGGGUUCUGUGUGUAUGUGAGGGGUGCAGUAUGUGUGUCUGAGGGGUGCGGUGUGUGAGAGUGCUCUGUGUGAUGUGUGUGUGUCUGAUGAGUGUGAGAGUGCUGUGUAUGAUGUGUGUGAGAGUGCCGUGAGUGAGAGUGCCGUGAGUGAGAGUGCUGUGUGAGAGAGUGCUGUGUGAGAGAGUGCUGUGUGAGAGAGUGCUAUGUGUGUGAGAGUGCGUGAGUGCUGUGAGAGACUGCUGUGUGAAAGAGUGCUGUGUGUGAGAGAGUGCUGUGUGUGAGAGAGUGCUGUGAGAGAGUGCUGUGUGAGAGAGUGCUGUGUGAGAGUGCUGUGUGAGAGUGCUGUGUGUUAGAGAGUGCUGUGUGUUAGAGAGUGCUGUGUGUUAGAGAGUGCUGUGUGAGUGAGUGCUGUGUGAGAGAGAGUGCUGUGUGAGAGAGAGUGCUGUGUGAGAGAGAGUGCUGUGUGUGAGAGUGAUGUGUGUGAGAGUGAUGUGUGUGAGAGUGAUGUGUGUGAGAGAGUGCUGUGUGUGAGAGUGAUGUGUGUGAGAGUGAUGUGUGUGAGAGAGUGAUGGGUGUGAGAGUGCUGUAUAAAUGUUAGAAUGGAUUGUGUGUGUAGGGGGGAGGGGGGUUAAAUAAAUAAAGUAGGCAUUAUGUCCCCCCCUCCCUUCUUACCUUUAGCCUGGGAGGGGGGGACCGGCACACUGAUCCCUGGGACUGGGAGGGGGGGUUCCCUGGUGGUCCUUGUGGUGAGAUCCGGUUGUUGCCAUGGCAACGCGCCGGAUCUCGCGAGAGGAACCCGGCGGAGCUCUAAUUUAGAGCUCCGCCGGGUCCUCUCUCCUAGCGGCUGUCUCCCUCCCUCUCCCCCUGCCCGCGGCCGCAUUAUACAGCAUGUGGGCCGGUGAGGGAGAUCUUUGAUUUCCCUCACCGGCCCUUCAUGGAAAACAGCGGGGCCGGCGCUCGGAUAGUGCCGGCCCUGCAUAGACCGGCAGGGGAGAUCCUGGGAGCUCCCCUGCCGGCCUCGGCCCAUGGCCACCGCGGCCCACCGGGCAUUUGCCCGGUGUGCCCGAUGGCCAGUCCGGGCCUGAUGGGAAGACUUUCCGGCCAGGGUAGGUUAGUUUCUUGGGCCAUCUUAAGCAUUCUGGCUUUCAGAGUGCCAUUCAUGCAUUCUACCUUACCACUACUCUGUGGGUGACAGGGUGUGUGGAAUGCAAGGGUCACCCCCCAGUGCUGCCCAGAUUUCUUUGGUUAGUAAGGCGGUGAAGGAUGUUCCCUGGUCACUUUCGAUCACCUCAGGAACUCCGUAUCUGCAGAUGAUUUCAGUAAGUAGGUGCUUUGCCGUGGUCUUGGCAGUGAGAUUGGCGACUGGAAUGGCUUCUGGCCAUCCUGAAAACAUAUCCACUAUGACCAGUGCAUAUGCAUACCAGCCACUCUUUGGCAUUUGGAUAUGAUCAAUUUGGAUUCUUUGGAAAGGGUACUGCGGCUUGGCUAAAUGGUUUGGUGCAGCUUUAAUUAUUUUCCCGGAGUUACAUCUGGCGCAGAUAGUACAGGAUCUGCAGUAAUUUCGUGACAAGGUUGUGAUUCCGGGAGCUUCAAAAUAUUUAUCAAUCCAAGAGUUCAUGAGGUGGUCCAUGGGCCCACUGGAUGACAGCUGGGUACAUAUUCUUGGGUAGACAGAAUUUGAGGUUUAUUGUAUAUACUUCAUUCUGGAGGGCUGCUCCUUUGUCUUUACAACUUUGCUUUUCUUGUGGGGUGGCGGCGACCUGUUGUUCCCUUAGGAGCUUGAGAUCGAUGGGUAGGGUUCGCAUGGUGUAAAUAGGAGUCUUUCCGACAGACACUUCUGUCCACUUCCCGACAUUGGCGCGCCGCAUCCUUAGUGGCCUGGUCGGCUAAAUGGUUGCCAUUUGCUUCUUCUGAGUUUAGUUUCCUGUGGGCCUUUACCUUCAGUAUAGCCACCUCUUCAGGAAGCAGUAAAGCGUCCAUCAAUUCUUUUAAAGCUGCGCCAUGUUUCACAGGGGUACCUGUUGCUGUAAGGAACACCCUGGUUUUCCAGAUUAAGCCAAAUCAUGUGCCACGCCCAGAGCAUACCUUGAGUCUGUGUAAUUAUUAACACGCUUCCCUUCAGACAUCUUGCAUGCUACCGUGAGGGCUAUUCUUGUGUGACUUAGAUGAUGGAAGUGCAAAUGCUUGGAGUAUUUGGUCUUCUGUGGUGACUGCAUAUCCGGUAUGAUAUUGUCCCUGUUCAUCUGCAAAUCUAGAACCAUCCACAAACAGUGUGUAGUCAGGGUUGAAUAGAGCAGCCUCAUGCACUGUUGGAAGAUGGGUUGUUUCCAUUUUCAUCUGUUCAAAACAGUCACGAGGGGCAUCCGGGUCCUGUUCUGUAGGAGGGAUGUCUUCACAUAUCUCUGUGUGAUAUCGAGGGUAACCGACUGUGUUGCAAUUUAUGGUUCUUUUGGUGACCCCUGUUAAUGUGAGCUGUUCUUGGGUUGCAGUACUCCAUGUUUUGGCCAUUGGGCCAAGUUCUUUCCAUGAGAGAUUCUGGAGACUUGGUGAAGGAGAUAUGAGGAACAGCCACCUCCCAAUGGUGAUAUAAAUGCGAAACCUCCAUAGGCAGGUAGACUAAGAGAACAAUGUUUCCUUUGGAGUCACAAAACAGGUCGGUUAGUGUAAUGCGUAUUUGUACGAGGCUGAAUAGUUCUUCUUCAUAGUAUGGGUCAGGACCUGGGGUGCUCUUGAACCACAGGGUGCAAUGUAAGUAGUUCUUGGGCUGUUCAUCAUGUGGAACCGUAGGCUUUUUCACUUAAAGGUCCAUGUGAACAUCAGGAUUUAUGUCCAGACUGUACCAGUAUUGUGGUACUCCCCCCUUGGGAAGUGGCAGAAGAGAGGCCGGAUUCAAAGAGUAACAUCUUUGUAGAGUAACGUUAUCAGGCAAGAGGAGGGAGGUUUGGAGGCGGAGGUGUCUUUGGGAGGAGAGGUGUUUUGGUUGGACUUUAUUCAGGAUGGCCGUGAUAUCAUGGGGAGCAAGGACAGUGAGUUUAUGUCCGAGGACAAAGUCAUUUGUUUUGUCCAGCAGGGCACUGGCAGCAAAAAAAGCACGCAAACACGAGGGACCACCCCUAGCCACGGGGUCUAGCAUGCACGAGAAGUAACCAAUAGGACGUUGACGGGAACCAUGUGAUUGGGUAAGGACCCCUGAAGCAUGGCCCAUCUUUUCUGAAACGAACAGUUUGAACGGUAGUUGAUAGUCAGGUAGGCCCAAGGCAGGGGCAGAGGAGAUGGCUCUUUGAAGGGCAUGGUAACAGGUGCGAGCUGUAGGAGACAAUGAAAAGGGUUCAGUCUUCAAGGCAUCAUAGAGAGGUUGCAUGAGCUGAGAAGCCUCAGGGAUCCAGGACCUGCAGUAUGUGAUGAGGCCCAAGAAGGCAUGAAGAGCCUGAUGGGUGGUCGGAAGGGUAAGGUUUGUAAUGGCAAGUACUCUGUUCCUUGUUAGAUGACGCGUGCCAUGGGUAAGGCAAUGUCCCAAGAAGACCACAGAGGGCCGGCACCACUGGAGUUUCGUUCUGGAAGCUUUGCAACCUUCGUCAGCGAGGAAACAGGAGAUCUUCAGAAUUUUGUUCAGCAGUUGGAAGAUCAUCCACACAGAGGAGUAGAUUAUCCACAUACUGUAGCAGGACCACGUCAGGGUGAGACUUCUGCCAAGGUUCUAGGUCAGCAGACAUAGCUUUUGCGAAUUGGGUUGGUGAAUUCUGUGCACCUUGAGGCAUAACAGUCCAAGUAUACUGUUGAUGAUCGUGUGUAAAGGCAAACAGAUAUUGACAAGAGGGAUCCAAGGGCAUGCUGAAAAAGGCGUUGGCAAGAUCAAACACAGUGAAGAUUUUGCUGUGGGAGGGACUUGUGACAACAGUGCAUUUGGAUUCGGGACAACAGCAGUGUCUCGGUUGAUGACAUCAUUAACAGCGCGGAGGUCUUGAACCAUACGGUAUUGGUCCGGUUGGCCUUUUUCAGUCUUCUUCUUUACUGGAAAUAGAGGGGUGUUACAUGGUGAAACACACUUGACCAGAGCACCUUUUGCCAAUAGACUUUCAUCUUGUUUUGAGAUGGCGAGAGAUUGUGCAGACUUCAAUGGGUAUUGUGGUCGUUGUGGUAGAUUAGCUCCCUUUAUUAGUGUAACUACCACAGGUGGGACUUGUAGGCGUCCAAUGUCAUCAGGACCCGUGGACCAGUUUAGCUGGAACUCUAUCCAGGGCACUGGGGGUGUCUGGGACCCUUACCUCCUCGGUGGGGAAUGUCAUGUGUAGUAGUAAGGGCAGAGAGCAGAGGACAGAAGUAUCUUUACGAGAGAGGGGGGUUAAUAAUUGGACCUGGCCAUCAGCAGUGAAAGAGAUAGAGGCUUGAAGACGGGACAGAACAUCAGCACCUAAAAGGUUAACUGGACAAGUGGAAGAGACAACAAAGCGUGAGAGUAUGUCGGAACCCACUCGCAAGAGCUUAGUUAAUGGUUUGUUCCUAGGGGUGCCAUCGACACCAACACAAGAGACAUCUAUGUCGGAUAAGCAAGAUGGGUCAGGCAGGUCUUGUUCUCUGAGAACACUGCGGGCUGCACCUGUGUCAACUAAAAAGGUAGUAGGAUGACCCUCUACGGGUAGGACAACUGUGGCAAGAGGCCCCCCUUUGUCCCCUGUAGACACUGCCGUGACAGGGGUGUUAGACAGGGGUGUUAGACACAGGUUUGCUGGGUACCUAUUGCACAAGGUCUAGAUGAGAUUGAUCAGGGCCAGUGUAGUGACGUGUGGUUGUGGUGGAGUGACUGGCCUGAUGAGGCUGGCGUAUAGGGUGAUGUUGACUGGGUACAGGACGGUCAUCUGGUUGGUAAUUAUCUGUAUCAUAACUAUCAGGGGAAGGGUGAGCAUAGCUGCGGGUAUCAGCUGGAGAGGGUUGGUAUACGGCUUUGGCAUAUUCCUGAGGAGGGAAAUACGAAGUAUGUGACAGGGGAGGGGGGAUCCACGGCAUCUCAACCAAAGGGGGGAGUACCUGUGGAGGAAAACAACCAUAUGUGGCUGCAGGGGCAUUGGGGUACAUAGGAUAGCCGAAUACAGGAUUAGAAGGUCUAGUGGUCGGCUGUCUAGGCACUCUCCGGAAAUGGCCCAGUUGGCUGCAAUUAAAGCAUGCCCUAGUCUGAGGCCUAGGGGCGGCUGUCCCUGUGUAGCUGGCAGGGUAGAUGAUACGGGAUAUCCUGGGGGGACCGGGACGGGUCUGAUGGCAGGGCUAUAAACGGAAAACAUAAGGGGAUUACUUUUCCUUUGUGAUAAUAAUUUUCCUUUGUGAGAUAAUAGUAAGUGGUCUUGCCAUGUAGGGAUAUAAAUGUACCAAUUUAAAUCAAAACGUUCAGCUAUCCCUGCUGCCACUGUGAUGUUUUGUACAUAUCAGUCAAUAAUUCCUGUAUAACAAAGUACUCACUUUAUUAAUACAUAUAUAACAGCAUCUUCAUAUUGCAGCCUGGUUACACAGGGUUUCUGCAGCCGCCAUUUCAAAUCCCUCAAACAUUCCACAAACUGCCAACAGGAACUAAUAGAUUUCAAAUAGGGCAGAGAAAAGCGGUUAAAAACAAACUGCUCCACAUUGCUCACUUUACUGGCGGUUGCCAUCUUCAAACGGUCGUAUUUUAAAAACUUGAUGCAUAGUAUGUCUCUGAAAUAUUAAAAAUGAAGGCACAGUCACAGUUUAGAUAUUGCCCUUCAAAUUUGAGGUGGCUAGAAUAGAGUUUGUUUUAGUGGCAGCAUGGAUAUCUGAACGUUUUGAUAUAAGAUUUGUGUAGGUGGGCUUGAAAAUGAGGGAGUGGUGGCAGUUUAGAAAUCAUGUCCUGAUUUUUCAGCUUUUGUCAGCUCCCACUAUCAGUAAUAAUAAUAAUAAUAAUAAUAAUAAUAAUAAUAAUAAUAAUAACAACAACAACAACAUAUAUGUGAGAUAACAUUAAAUGGUCUUGCUAUGCAAGAACACAAUAGAAAGUAUCAGUUCCCGCUCUCCAUUUUUAGAUUGCCUGUCCAAAGCUGCUGCAAUAAAUCAUUCUGGUCUUUAUAAUCUUUAACCACUGAAAACAUACAGGAAAUGGACAGUGUAAAAUCUCACAAUGGAUAAAAAAAAAUGUUAAAGGACCACUAUAGUGCCAGGAAAACAUACUCGUUUUCCUGGCACUAUAUUGCCCUGAGUGUGCCCCCACCCUCAGGGUCCCACUUCCGUGGCGCUGAAGGGGGAGGAAGGGGUUAAUCCCUUCCUUUUUUUCUAGCGCCGGGCUCCCUCGGCGCUGGGACUCUCCUACCUCUUCUGAUGCCAUUGGCUGAAUGCGCAUGCGCGGCAAGAGCCGCACGCGCUUCAGCCAGUCCAUAGGAAAGCAUUCUCAAGGCUUUCCUAUGGACGCUGGCGUCUUCUCACUAGAGGCUGGAUUAACCCAUAGGUAAACAUAGCAGUUUCUCUGAAACUGCUGUGAUCCUUGUCAGCAGGAAGCACGGUCCUCUAGGGCAAAAACAUGCACAGUCUUUUAAUGCAACUUCAUUCCAGGCACUUUAUUUGUAAGUUUACAUAUGAGGCAGCAGCAAAUGAAAACAUAAAUAUAACAGGUUUCCCUUUAAACAAAAACCUAGCUCGUCUGAGCACUGACUCACUUUGAAUGACCCUCUCUAUCAGGGUUAAACUAACAAAACAUACUGCACCAACCUUAUUAGAUAGCAACACUCUGCUAGCUAGCCUGUUGCUUUUCUUUCUCCACUCCCAGUGCUCCAAGCCAGCCUUGCCCUGACUGCUUUCCUUUCUGCACUCCCAGUGCUCCAAGCCAGCCUUGACUGCUUCCUCCUGCACUCCCAGUGCUCCAAGCCAGCCUUGACUGCUUCCUCCGGCACUCCCAGUGCUCCAAGCCAGCCUUGACUGCUUCCUUUCUGCACUCCCAGUGCCUAGUCUCCUUGACUCUCUAUCUGGAGAGAACAGCCUCUCUCCUACCUGCUUCCUGGGAGGAAGCCAGCAAUCCCUCUUCUUUACCUGCCUAGCAGGGAGGGGUUUAUUCCCACUGCAACAGCUGAUUAACUGCAGCUGAGCAGUGGGUUGGAGACGGUCCAAAAAACCCUGGCCUGGAUCUAUGUCUCCCCAGAAAACCACUAAACUGUGGAGUGGAGCAUUGGCCCACCCUUCUCUCCAAAUGCUCCACCCCAGGGGCCCAUAACUAAACAAAGCUUUGUGUUGUGCAACACACAAACUACACGUACUUCCCCUGGGGUUAAAAGAUCUAUCUGCCUUCACUUUAUCACACUGCUAUGUUUACAGCAGAAAGGGUUAAUCCUAGAUGCACCUGGCACCCAGACCACUUCAUUAAGCUGAAGUGGUCUGGGUGCCUAUAGUGGUCCUUUAAAUAUGCGAUGCAGUUACAAACAUACACGCCAGUUGAAGUGGCGUUAGAAGACACAGAAACUAGUCCCAGGGACCUAACUCAACAAGAUGUAGCCUCUAGUAGUCUAUACCAAAAAUCGGACCUCUUUCACGUCAUACGGAUAAAGAGAGUGAUAUAUAUCUCGCAGAUUGUCUGGGGGGGUGACUGUUUCGCUGGACUAGCAAUUUUUUUGCUGCAUAGCUAUUUUGGUGAAUACAAAUACAAAAAGAAAACUCCUGCACUCACUCCCAUCACUCCUGAACGGCAGCAACAACCACAGUACACAUCAGCUCCAAUACAGAUAGUAAAAACCAAAGGAAAAAAGUUACCUGUGCUCUCUCCUUAUUAAUCCCUAUGUAUAUUUAAACAAAUGGCGGUCAUUUAGAUACUGGAGGGAAUGCCCUACCUAUAGCUAUUUUGGUCACCAUUUGAGAUCCUAGCAGCUGAGUUCUCGGUGGUUUAGUCUGUGUUCAGGACUGGAUGCAAAUCUGGAGACGCAUCAGAUCUGAUUGGAGUGGUAAUUACAGGUAGGACUUUCAAAACGGAAUUGAGCUCUCUUUGACAAAGCUCCUUAAGUCGCUUCAGUUAACAUUUAACUGGUGUGUUGUACUCACUAUGGAUUGUACUUAAUUAUAUAUUUUUUGAUUCUGCACUCAGUUGUAGACUACAUAGCCUUGUUUUAGACUUUAUGUUUAUUACUGUAUUUUCAGAGUUAACCAUUGUGACAGUGAUACUUGAGAUUAUCACAAUUAUUCUUUGCAUUAAUUUCCCUUAGGGUGAAUUUAAGCAGAAAAAACGCCCAGAGGAUAGUUCUCCUGAUAACAGACAUGCAAAGCGCAGCCAUCUAAUCUCUGUUCUGAUUGGCACAGGAUUUGAAGACUAAAAUGAUUGAGAGGAGGGAGAAAAGGCUUGUUUACUUCCUCUGAAAAUCUAGGCAUUUUCUAACAAUUUUUCUAGUAUAAUGUAUAGAUGAAAUGUAAUUCUCUAGCAUUUAAGAUUAUGUUGUAUUUGUCAUGACAGAUAGCUUUAAAGGGAGCCAUCUACAAUGAGAAAUCUUCCCUCUGGAUCUCGGUAUUUAGCAUUCAUUGUAAAGGUUGAAUCUCCAUGCAACAAUAUUGAAGUAGCUUGGUUUGAUAGAUAGGGAGAUAGGGAGUCGGAAUAAAAUGCCACUGAAUAGGAAGAUGAUUAAAACUUUGGAGGGUCUUGCCUACCAAAUGGAUUUUCAAAUGACGGUGGUAUUUGCUUUGCAUUUUCACUUCUAAGGCGAAUUCAGAAAUUAGACAGCCAUUGGAGGCUCAUCCUACAUCUAAACGGACCUUUGGUCCAGUAACUGAUGCUGGACGUCCUCACGCACUGCAUGAGGACAUCCAGCGUGAGAUUUUUCCCCAUAGGAAAGCAUUGAUAGCUAAGAGGAGGUCUAAUCCGUGCGUGGUGUUUGCCGCGCAUAUGCAUUAGUGCCCGCAGGAUGUUGGUGGAGGCGGAGCCGAUACCCAGCGCAGAGGGACAUCGGUGCUGGGAUUAGGUAAGUAACUAAAGGGCUUUAAACAAAAGAGAAUGUGAGUCACUCAUACCAGUGGGUAAUUGGCUGUAUAAUGGAAAGCUAGAGCACAAAAAGAAAAAGAAUAAAGUAAGAAAACAAUAGUGAACUGCGUUUCAAGUAUUUGGAGCAGCACUGGUCACUGGCAAUAUAUGGUUUUAACUUUUUUGUAGUUGUAUAAAAGAUAUAUAACUAUAUAGAAACUAAAGAGAAACAAACUAAAUUGACCAUCACUAUAAAAUGUAAAUGAUUUAUGGCAAUCCAGUGGUUUUAAUGUUUUGGAGGCUUGAAGAAUCAGUCCUCUGGUCAACAGGAUGUAGUAGGUAAAUUGCAUCAUUGGUAAUCAGGCGUAACCGCUAAAUAAAUGUUGUUAAGGCCUUCUAUCGUUGCGGUGAUAGUGAAACAUGCAGCCAAAGCAACAUACAGGACAUGUCCCUACAUAAUAGAUUUUAUUCUACAUUGCCUUAAUUUAUUAUUACUUGCUCAUAUUUUAUUAGUAGUAGUUAUUUAAAAAAGUAUUUUCUUGCAAGGUUGGGGGCCAUAACGCUAAGCAAAACCAAUAACUUGCAUUGAGAACAAAUAAUGUCUGAGGACCACAAUCACGUUACUGGCAAGAUAGGUAGCCCUAUAUAGUCAGCUUCUGUAUUUUUUUUUUGCAGCUGUAAAUAAUAAAAGAGAAAAGAAAGCAAAAGCCCAUGAGCUUAGUCAUUGAACAGCUAUUACUGAACAGUUGCUAUGUUAUUUAUAACUCGCGCUGGGAAAAAUGUUGUAUAUCUGUUAAGAACAGAUUAAGGGAGGAGGCAGGGAGGUACACUCUGUAUUGGUACUCUAUAAACAACCCAUCCCACCACAGCUGAUUUACGGUUACUAAAAUUUUGAACUUUCCCUGUAUUUGCUUCUUAUAUCUGCAUUGCCAUGGAAAAAAAAGUGGUGUCCCUCAUAUGAUUUGAGUAUUCUGGUGCAUACAUACAAUGAAAACUUGUACACAGUUUCAUGAUACCUUGCAACACAUUUACAAAACCUGGGAUUCCCGGUCUAGGACCUAUUACUCUGUCACUAUACCAAUAUGAUCUAUUCAUCCUUUUUUAUGUUCCUUUUUGUGUAACACAAAACUCUUACUUUUGCCUUAUUCUUCACUGUCUCAUAGCACACCUGAGGGAAAAUAAUCAACAUUUAGAUUCCAAAGUUAUGCUAUAUUUUACAAAUAGUAACUUGAUAAAUAUAUAUGCCACAAUUCUGGUAUUGUUUUCUAGGCAAUUAUUUGUGUGUGGGGUGGGGGGUCAUUUUGAAUAUUUGCAAGGGUAAUUAUGACAACAACAACAAAGGUCAAGAUUGGAAAAAUUCCACACAAUAAGCAUAGCAUAUCAAUUAACCCCUUAAGACCGGAGGGCGUACUAUUACGUCCUCUAAUACUUGCUAUUUAACCGCCGGGCGUAAUAGUACGCCCUCCGGUCUUUAUGUUAACUACGGUCGGUAUUUGUACUCUCUAGAACCCAAUGCAAAAAAAAUAAAAAAAUAUAUUUUCAAAUGACGUCACUUCCUUGGGAAGGCGCACGCAGUAGAAGCGUUCCUUCGCCUUGCUCGUUCACAGCUAGUCCUACACGGACAGCGGGGGGACCUGUUUCAGUGUAGCACAAUGCACCCACUUCCGUUUUGCUAGUUUCAGUGCAAUACGGUGUACGGUGUCCGAGUUCCUGGGCAGCAUGGCACUGCAGGGUGAGAAAAAAAAAUCCUUACAAGCAGGCAUAUUACACAUGUCCACAAUGCUAUGCAUGCAAACUGUGAUAGUAACAUUUUUUCAUAGGGGGGAUCCUUUAGUAAUGGCUGAGCUUGCUGAAUUAGCAUUAUGGGAUAUGUAGUCUUCAUGUGCUGUGGUUCUAUACAUGCUGUAGCAAUAUAUGAAAUGCAGCCUAUUUUUGUUAGGGCUAAGGCUUGCAAGAUCUAGACUGUGGCAGACAGAUAUUUUGCAUAUUUUAUUUUUUUUCCUCUUUGCUUCAGUCAACAUGUUUGGCUUUUAGAUGUCUUUUAUUAACGCAGUUAUAGUUCAUUGACCAGCGAAUUGCAAAGUUAUGUCAAAAAUAACUUGGGUUGGAGAAUUUUUCAGCAUGGAUUAAAACAUUUAAUUCUCAGUUUAAUGAAUAAUCAUUCAGGUUUUAUUAACUGAACUCUGAUUUGUAGCAAAUUAAAUUUAGAAUGGCAAAUGUUGGCUAAAAUAGCCCAAUUGUGAAAAAGGAAUUUUUUUUGCUAGUAACAAUUACAGUUUGCUGCCAUGUAGAACCUAGCAAAUUUACCACUCCUGCAUUGCUAACCGUUUUAAAUUCUUUGAAUAAGAAAAAAUAACAUUUAUUUGGAAAGAGGGAUGCAAAGCUAGGAAACGAUUUUGUGUGUGUUUUUUUUAGCUUUUUAUGGACACCUAAAAACACCUUUUGUAAAUUUACUCUAUUUAAUAUUUGUUAUUUAGAGAACUUUUGAGGUAGUAAAUGUUUUAAAGUUUAUAUGAUACACAAAAUAUCUUAACACGGUCAGAAAUACUGUUGAAGAACUAGCAUUUUGUCAUAUGCAGUAAGCGUAACAAAAGUAGGUAAAUCUGAUCAAAUAGCUAGCAUGUGGGUAUUUGUAAGAAACCCAAGGGUGUUUGUAUGUGUAUAUAUGUAUGUGUGUGUGAUAUAUAUAUAUAUAUAUAUAUCGUUACAUUUGCUACCAGACUAUAAACAUAUUAUAUCUGUAUGGACAUAUCCUGUCUGCAUAUGCAUGUGAAUCUCUUUGUGUGUGUGUAUGGAUGGGCAAGAGUGGGACUUUAGGAAGGAGUUUUCAAAUUAUAUGUGGUGCUUAAACCCUGUGAUUUUGUUUUCUGACCCUAGCAAUGCCCCUGGUUUACACACACAUAAAUGUAUGCCAUGUAUCGCUUCUACACAGGAUACUGCAGGUUGCUAGUGAAGUCUGUGAAGAAUCCCUAUAGUGUGUUCAGAGCCCUCCGUUGUCUUUUGGUUAAAAGAAUACAGGCAUGAUGUUUUAAAUACAAAUUCUUUAAAUAAUUGAUAGAGGCAAAUAUAAAUCAGUCUCUCAACACUUCCCAACUUUGGUUAGUCUGAUAGCGGGAGAGGUGACCAUGUCCCCAUUUACCGUGCUAAGCAACCUUUACACCUCUAAAGGAGCUGUAUCAUUUCAGUACGUAUGCAUGACAUUUUAUAGAUUGUCUAUCAUGGCAGACAUCAGAGCUUCCCAUACUCUCACCCCCCUGACACUGGGAAUGAAUCUCCAAAGUGACUAUAGCCUUACCCCAAACACUAGCUGAGGUAUAGAGAAGGAAGUAAAACAAUUCUUACUGAAACAAAGCACAAACACGCGCGCACACUCCUGGAUUUGAAAAAUUACUAGAUUUAUUGUGCAGAAAAAUUAAAGUUCAGUGGAUCGAAGUCUCGACCAAAACAAGGUCUUUUUCAAGAUCAGAAGUAAUUUUUCAAAUCCAGGAAUGCACCUUAUUAUUUUCUGUAUAUACAAAUCGCUGGUUUGCACCCUGGUACGUAUUUUUGUAUAUAUUGUAUAUAGGUAGUGUGCCAAGCCCAUCUUUUGUUAUAUAUUAGCGUUACCAAGAAAAACAAUGCAAGCCCACUCUGGCGCCGCAGUGUCUGGGACAUCACUGCAACAGGGACAGGAUAAUUUAAGACCUAGACAUCCUGGCACUUUACAAUAUUAUCCACAAAAUACAAUGUUCCCCACAAGUACCCUCUAUUUAUAGCUACAUCCCUAGACAGGGCUAAUCCACAUGAACAAACUGUCCAAAAAGUGUUUGGUUUGGAGGUACACAGCCAAAGUAAUCCAUGAGUAAAGUUCAUUGGGAUGCGGCAAACUUCCUAUACAGCUCAGAGUUACAGGUUAUCAGUGCUGAUAGGGAACGAGGGAUCCCUCCGGGUCUAUGGAAGGGAGCUCCCCCUACUUUCUUGUGAUAAUCAAGUAGUACUGUACUAACUCCAUUAUCUCCAGACACAAAAACACACAUUUUAGCAAUACCCCAAAAGUACCCCUAAAACUCAAGGAAACACCAUUAUAGUCAUAUCUCCUGAUAGCCCUGAUCGGGGGGACCAACAAAUCUAAAAAUCACCCAGGUUCAGGAUUUCUAUGGAAGUCUUGUUUUGAUCGGAAUCCGAAAUAGUCAAAAUAACAAAUGUAGCGGUUCAUGGGUUGGUUCUGUUUAUAUCUUUAUCCCUCGUUUGGGAGCUUGCUCCCACCGAACGCCACUCUUCUCCAUACAAAUCCAGCUGAACAUAUGUAGAGUUGGACAUCUCUGUGGUGUUCACACCGUUGAUUGUCCGAUUUAUAGUUCUAUGCACUUGACGACAAAACACAGCUAAAGAUGGUUGCCGCCACGUGUUCGCACAUACGAACGACGGCCACCCAGCUAACCACUUAGAUUGUUGCAGUUAGCGAGGUCAAUGGGGUUAAUAAACAGCACUGUUCUGGGUAGUCGGUUCUUUCGGUAUACGAACAACAUUAGUCUGAUCCAUUCAGCAAGCCCCAAAUACCGAACCAUACAGUACAAAAGGCACGAACAAAGCCUUUUCAUAGUUUUGAACCAAAGUCUAACACCUGGGUCAUAGUCCUGAGGCAAAAGGCUGGCAAGCAAGCCCUCCAAGAACCAGUGGUGAUGUUACUUUCGCCACAGGCAGGACAAGCCGCGGAAAACUGGCUUGGCGUGGGAAAGAAAGUGAGUACAAACACUUCUCUCGUGAUCGGAGGCGUGCAGGUACCUAAACAGACACAAAAAGACACAGUCUCUGACACACACACUCUGACACACACACACACACACACUGACAGGGAGAGAGAGACACAUACUGACAGGGAGUGACACACACACACACACACACACUGACAGGGAGAGACAGAGACACACACAUUUUCCAUUUUAAUUUGAAUCCACUCAGCCUCCCUACCUUUGGGAGAGCUGAAUGAACUUUCCCUUGGGUUCAGUGGAGCUGCUCGCUCAUCCUGUGUGUGAGGGAGCCGUGAUCUUCAUGCGGCUCCUAUCUGCUCCCUGUAGUGAUGCUGGGAGCCGUAAUGACGGCACUCCAAAAUAUUCCAAAGAAUGGCCAAUUUUAUUGGACCCAAGAACCAAAAUGCAACGUUUCGACCCCUUAGGGCCUUUGUCAAGCCUUUAAGGGUCGAAACGUUGCAUUUUGGUUCUUGGGUCCAAUAAAAUUGCAUAUUCUUUGGAACAUUUUGGAGUGCCUGGAUUACUUUUCUACUAAUAUAUGCUAUAUUUGGUCUCUUCGGUACUGGGACUGAUCCAAGAGCACCCUUGGAUUCCAGGGCGAAGGGCUGAGUGCAGUUCCACAACUUGUCUAUGGGAGCCGUAAUGAUGUCAUAUUUCAGCUCCCGGCAUCACUAAACAGCACUAGGGAGCAGAGGGGAGCUGCUUAAAGAUCACUGCUCCUUCGCGAGCUGCCCCAGCCGACCACAGUGAUGCUCCCCAGGGCGGCCUGCAUGCUCUCUAAGCCGGCCGUCCAUGCUCCUCAGGACGAUCAGCCGGCUUCAUUGUUCCCCCAUCCUGCCUUUAGCUGAAGGGCUUUAAAUCCCAGGCACUAGGACAAAAUUUCUAGUCGCAAUUGCGACCUGACGCCUGGGAUUUGUCGAGCCCUGAAUUAAUAUUUUAAUUCCUAUACUUCAAGAAAUCCCUUCGUAUCCAUCAUUCCUGUUCCUCAAACUUGAAUCAUUCAUGCUGCAAACGUACUCAUUCAUUUUCGCUUUCUUUGCCCCGGUUCCAAAGCUCUAUGGAUUAGCUUUUUCACGAUAUUCUACAUUUGUCCUUCUUGUUUGGUCUUUUCUCUCUUUCCUUAUCAUGUUAACUGCUUUUAUAUACCAGUGUUUAUUUUCUCUCUUGUCAUCUGUUUCUUACCCUGGUUCCAAUUAUCGUUUUGUCAGGUGGUGGUGAUGAUGAUGACUCCUGGUCUCCUCCAUCUGAAUCAGACUUGAAAAUUCUGAGAGCAAGGCGGGAGCGUCAGGACCGCAUCAGCCGUUUAAUGGGAGAUUACCUACUUAAGGGAUAUAAGAUGCUUGGGGACAGCUGUGAUACUUGUGGGGUGAGUGAAUAUAUGGUGUGGAAAGACAAAAAAUAUUGCUGUUGUAAGUAUUUUGACCUUUUGUCUCAAAAUUCCUCAUAUUCUGUCCACAGACUAUAUUAUUGCAAGACAGACAGAAAAAAUUGUUGUGUGUUUCUUGCCAAGAACUUGACUCUGACACAGAAAAAGACAAUCCAGGUGAGAACAGUUGCCUUUUUAAACAGUUUGUUUAUUUUUAGUUUUAUUUCCCACAUGAGAUUUGAUGGAUUGGUUCAGUUUAUCCUUACACAUAAUUUCAUUAUUCUAGCAUUUUCCAAGUCCUUGAAACGACACAUCAUCACGGGUUUUGCUACGUGAGCAAAAGUGGUUACUAAAUUGGGUCAGGCACUAUUUAUCUUAUAGAGACAAAAAGGAAAAUCACUUUUGGACUGUAAUAUAAUUAAAACUACAGUUUAUUAGUAUUAAGAUUGAUGCCUCAAUUAUUAAUUUAAAUAAAACUCUGAGCUAAUCAAAUAAUCUCCCACAGUCCUGGAGAAUAUAAUAGGACAAUGUAAGGUAUAUGUGUGAUCCACACAUUUUUGUGUGUGUUUUUUACACAUCAUGAUCUUUUAUUUCACUCAAAAGAGAAAUUAUAUUUUUCAGUCUAUUAUUCCUUGAAUAUGAGAACAACCAUGAUAACAAAUUUUACAUAGUUAUAUACUAAAGUAUAUUUGUUAACUCAUACGCUUUUUAUUUUAUCACUCUGAACGCUGUUACUCUAUUAUGUGUUUGGAUCUUGCCAUGACUGAGAGCUGCCCACAGCCAAACUAUUUUUAGAGUUAACAGAGUUGUCACCUCCUUGUCAUAUAAGUGCUGGUUUCACAAUAAAGCAGCACUUUUGUAAACUGACAUGGUUGCACCCUCCAAGCUGUCAAUCAUACAGGCAGCAGGUUACUUUUCCUGAUCGCUUUGUGCUGGGGCUUCUCAUAGAGAAGCACUGGAUGCAAUACUUUUCAUAUAGUUACACAGCUGCAAAGAGACUUGUGUCCAUCAAGUUCAGCCUUCCUCACAUAUGUUUUUGCUGUUGAUCCAAAAGAAGGCAAAAAACUCAGUCUGAAGCGCUUCCAAUUUUGCUACAAACUAGGAAAAAAUUCCUUCUUGACACCAAAAGUGGCAGUCAGAUAUCUCCUUGUAUCAAGUAGCUAUUACCCCACUAAUGAGGAAUUAUAUAAUUGUAUGUUAUGUUUUUGCAAGUAUUUAUCCAAUUGCUGUUGAAGCAUCUGUAUGGUCUGAUAAAACCACCAAGAAUUUCACAUCCUUAUCGUUUUUACUGUAAAAAAAAAAAACACACCUUUUCUUUGCCUUAGAUUAAAUCUCCUUUCUUCCAGCCUAAAUGCGUGACCUUGUGUCCUAUGUAUAGCCCUGUUUAUGAAUAGAUUUCCUGUUAAUGGUUUGUACUGGCCCCGAAUAUCUUUGUGUAAUGUUAUCAUAUACCCUCUGAUGCGCCGUUUUUCCAAACUAAAUAAAUUUACAUUUUUUAACCUUUCUUCAUACCUAAAAUGCUCCAUUCCUUUUUGUCAAUUUUGUAGCUCAUCUUCUGAUAUCCUUCUUUAGAACAGGUACCCAAAAUUGCACAGCAUAUUCAAAGUAUGAUCUUACCAGCUAUUUAUAAUUAUAUAAAUUUAUAAUAAUUAUAUUUUCAUCCCUAGAAUUAAUGCCGCUGUUUGUACAUGACAAAACCUUACUGGCCUUAGCAACUGCAGAUUGACAUUGCAUAUUGCUGCCUAAUUUGUUGUCUAUAACAUUCCCCAAAUCCUUCUCGUGUGUGGUUAUCCCUAAUUCACUACCAUUUAAGCUGUAAGUUGCUUGUGCAUUCUUGACCCCGACGUGCAUAACUUUGCAUUUCUCUACAUUAAAUUUCAUCUGCCAUUUUAGUGCCCAGUCCCCUAAUCAAAUUGCAAUUUGCUUUUUUUAAAUUAAACGUUUUCGUGUACCCCACGUGCGUUUCCUUUUUUGAGUUUAUUUAAAAAAAAUAAAAAAAAAACACAUUGUGAUUACUAUUUCCCAAAUGUUCCCCUACUUGGAUGUUGGUAAAAAGAUCAACAUUGUUUGUUAUAACGAGAUCUAGACAAGCAUCCUUUCUAGUUGGCGUUUGUACCAGUUGUGACAUGUAAGUGUCAUUUAACACAUUCGAAAACCUGAUGCCCCUUGCUGAAGUACUAUUCCCUUUAUCCCAAUUUAUGUUCGGGUAAUUUUAAAAUCUCCAAUAAUUAACGUGUUACCCAGAUUUGAGGCUUUCCCAGUUUGCUCUAACAUCUGUUUUUCCUCAUUAAUAUCUACAUUAGGUGGUUUAGAACAUAUGCCAACCAAUAAUUGUUUGCCCCAAGUAGAUAUCUACCCAUAAAGCGUCCGCAUUUUCCUUGUCACACUCCAAAUGCCUAAGAUUUGAUGUUAACUCGUGAUUGACAUACAAACAUACCCCACCACCUUCCUUGUUUUUCCUAUCCUUCCUAAACGUGUACCCAUUUAAGUUAACUGCCCAGCCAUGUGUCUCAUCCCACCAUGUUUCUUUUAUGCCUAUUGUAUCAUAUUGUUUAGUGUAUGCAAUUGCCUUUAGUUUCCCCAUUUUGUUAUUUAAUUUUCUUGCAUUUGUAAGCAUACAUUUAAUAUAAUCAUGAGUCAUUUGUACUUUUUGUGAAUUUGUAUCAAUAUUGCAUACCUCCUCUGUUCUGAGUUUGCCCCUCCCCCAUAUCCACCCCCCUUUUUACUAAUUUAAAACCCAUCUUCUUUCUGUCCUACCACCAUUUUUAGAUUGCUAUGACCCUCCCUCUUACUACAAGUUUAAAAUCUCCUCUAGCCAUCCUAUCCUCCAGCACAGCGGACGCUCUUCCGUUUAGGUGCAAUGCAUCAUGACUAUACAGGUUGCACUCAAGCGCAAAAUCAGCCCAAUGUUCUAAAAACCCCAAACCAUCUUUCCUAAUGAGUAACUACUACUGUAGUCCAUUUUAUUCCCCCAACUAUUAGUGUUUCGGUUGGGCCCAGAGCCUUUACUCAUUAUGGCAAGGUAUACGCCGUUUUACCCUAAGCAUUACACUUUCCAUGCUAUACUGUUUCACGUGUAAUAUAUGCCUGAUUUACUUUCUUUUACAAACAGAAAAAAAGUGCAGUACUUCUGGUAUCUACUACUGAUUUUUUUUUUUUCUGUCACUCAUAUUCUUAAUGUAAUAGUUAAACCAGUUGGUAUAAAUAUAGCUGCACUGACAAAAAUUAAAGAAUGUAAAAAACAAAACAAAAAACAUUGACGCUUGUAUUACGGGCAAAUAAUCCAAUUUUAAGCUCCUGAAAUCAUUCAUAAAUAACAGACCCAUCUGUCUCAUGGUUUGUUAUGAUUUAUUUAGAAUCUGUUUAUCUAUCUAUGCAUAUGUUGGAUUUAUACAGUCUGCACAUUUUUAUAACUUUUCAUAUCCUUUUGAAUGACUGGUUUAGAAAUACUGCCUAACACUAUGUUUUACUGUUGUUAAUUAUACUAUAAUUGCAGUCUCCUUUAAAUAAUUUACUUGUUCAUUCAUAUACCUAACUCACAUUUAUCAUUUAUCUUUCAGUUCUCAACCCCCAGGCAGCUUUGUCUCAGGUGAGAGAACAUCAGCUGUCUCUUCAUCCCUGCCAAGUCAACACUCCUGCUGUGGAUUCCCAGGCAGCUUCCAUUACAAGGCCAACUCUCAACAAUAUUUCCUCCAUCUCUGAUUCCAACCCAGUAGCCUCUGAUACCAUUCAGUUUUCUGAGUCUGCUCUCCUGGAAAAGAUGAGAUGGGCAUCUCUUCAGUUACAAGAGACUCCCUCUGUGGAAUACAGUGCUCAGCUGAGUGCCCUCAUUGGCACAUGUGCACAAAGCCUGCGCUCUCUCAGAGACCUACACCAUUGAACAGUGGCAACAUAUUUAUGCUCUACCAUUAGAUUUAUUUGAUUGGAGUGUCAUAUGAGUGUUAUAAUGUUGUUACUUAAGUAGACAGAAGUAUAAAACAUAUUCUACCUGAGCCGUAUCAAUAUCUUAGUUUAGUUGGUGUCUUCAUGAUUGAUUCUUUGUUUAACACUUUGUAAUUAUCAUCAUUCAUUAAUCCCUACAUGGAAAGGGAGUGGUUAGAGGGAUUGAAUAUAAAGGUGAAUUUUAAAUAACAACUGUACGGCUUAUAAAAAAAAAUAUAUAAUGUCAAUUGUAGCAAAUUAUAAAGUUUAAAAUGUUAUCUGUAGAUGCUGAAUCAACUUGUAUGAAUGUGCUAAACAUAUAAAUCAAGCUAGUUAAUUGUCAAGUUCCUCUUCUAGUUAACCCUAAAUGCAGAUUAACAAAUAGAAAACUCUUACUUGGCUUAAAAAAUAUUGAUCAUAAAUAAGAAAUAGAAAUAUUGGUAUCACAUUAUUAUAAAAUAAUAUGGUUGGUUUCUCUGUCACAUAGGCUAAAAUGAAAUUCAUUCUUCUUCAGGCAGAGAAUUACACAUCCUGAUUGUUCUUAUAGUAAAAAAAAAAAACACUUUCCUUCGCCUUAGACAAAAUCUUCUUUCUUCCAGUCUAAACGCAUGGACUCGUGUCCUAUGUAAAGUCCGGUUUGUGAAUAGAUUUCCACACAAUGGUUUGUAUUCGCCCCGAAUAUAUUUGUAUAAUGUUAUCAUAUCCCCUCUCAGGCGACGUUUUUCUAAGCUAAAUAGGUUUAAAUUUGUUAACCUUUCUUCAUAGCUGAUCUGUUCCAUUCCUUUUAUUAAUUUUGAAGCCCGCCUCUGCACUUGUUCUAGUGCCAUAAUAUCCUUCUUUAGAACAGGUGCCCAAAAUUGCACAGCAUAUUCAAUAUGGGGUCUUACCAGUGAUUUAUAAAGAGGCAAAAUGAUAUUCUCGUCCCGAGAAUGAAUGCCCUUUUUCAUGCAUGACAAUACCUUACUGGCCUUGGCCACUGCUGAUUGACAUUGCACAUUGUUGCAUAGUUUGUUGUCUAUAACAAUUCCCAAGUCCUUUUCGUGUGUUGUUAUCCCUAAUUCGCUUCCAUUAAGGGUAUAUGUUGCUUGUGUAUUCUUUACGCCGAAGUGCAUAACUUUGCAUUUUUCAACAUUAAAUUUCAUCUGCCAUUUGAGUGCCCAGUCCCCCAGUCUAUCUAAAUCCCUCUGUAGCAAAGUAAUAUCUUGCUCACAUUGUAUUAUUUUACAAAGUUUUGUGUCAUCUGCAAACACUGAAACAUGACUUUUAAUGCUGUCUUCAAGAUCAUUUAUAAACAUGUUAUAUAGAAGGGGUCCCACAACAGACCCCUGAGGGACACCACUUGCCACCUCUGUCCAGCUUGAAAAUUUACCAUUAAUGACAGCUCUUUGUACUCUGUUUUUAAGCCAAUGUUCUACCCAAGAACAAGCAUUUUCAUCUAAACAGAUUUCCUGGAGUUUGGACACUAAUCUGUUGUGUGGAACUGUAUCAAUUGCCUUGGCAAAAUCCAAAUAGAUCACAUCCACGGCAACACCCUGAUCUAUACUUCUACUUACUUCUUCGUAGAACACAAUCAAGUUAGUUUGACAUGACCUGUGCUUCAUAAAACCAUGCUGAUUUUUGCUGAUAACCAUUUAAUUCAUUUUAUUCUCUAGGAAUUCUUGCAUAUUAUCCCUUAAUAACCUUUCAAAUAUUUUACCAGCCACAGACAUUCUAAAACAUCUGGCACACUUUGAAAAACUCUGAUGGUUGAAAUGUGUUUUAUUACAAUGCAUUUACAUUGAUAUACCUAAUUCGUAUUAGUCCAAGUUGUGCGUGCUCCCCUUGAGGAACAGGGCAGAUGGAUUUAUAUAGAGUCAUUGGAAAAAGAAAGUACACCCUCUUUGAAUACUAUGGUUUUACAAAUGACGACAUAAUUUAUUUUCUCAUUAGCAGGUGUUAAAAUUGGGUAAAUACAAUUUCAGAUGAACAACAACACAUGACCUAUUAAACCGUGUCAUGGUUUAUUUAACAAAAAUAAAGCCAAUAUAGCGAAGCAGUGUGUGAAAAACUAAGUACAACUUAUGAUUCAAUAGCCUGUAGAACCAACUUUAGCAGCAAUAACUUGAAGUAAUUGUUUUUUGUAUGACUUUAUCAGUCUCUCACAUCAUCGAGAAAUUAUAACCCACUCUUCAGUUCAUUAAGGUUUGUUUGCAUUUGUUUAAGGACAGUUCUCUUAUGGUCCUGCCACAGCAUUACAAUCAGGUUGAGGUCUUGACUUUGACGGGGCCAUUGCAAUAUCUUCAUUUAUUUUAUUUUUUCUGCAGCCAUUCUGUUAUAGACUUGCUGGUGCGCUUGGGAUCAUUGUCAUGUUGCACUUAAACUUGCUAACUGAGGCCUGUAGAGUCUGAGAUGUAACUCCUGGUGUUUUUGCAAUUUGUCUGACCUUGGGGGAAUUUGCUGGGACAUCCACUCCUGAGAAGAUUGCAAAUUGUCUUGAAUGCUUUCCACUUUUUAAUAAUUUUUCUCACUAAGAAUUGACAUUUCAUUUUUGGAAAUUGCCUUAUAUCCCUUUCCAGUUUGAUGGGUAGCAACAAUUGCUUCACUAAGAUCAUUGCUGAUGUCUUUCCUAUUUGGCAUUGUGUAAACACUCACCCAAAUGAUCCAGUUCAGCAAACUGCUAAACCAUAAACAAAUGCCAGCAAACCUCAAACUGGAGCACCUCAUGUGUUGUUAAUUUGAAGUAUUUGUUAUUUUAAGACCUGUUAACCCCUAAAGGACUGAGCCAAAUGUACAUGUGAACGAAACAAAAUGUAAACAAAACCUGGCAUUUGCGCUACAUGUCUGUCCAACCGUAAUUCAUCUAUUUCAUAGUAAAUGCACCCACCCUUAUUAUAUAUCAUUUUAUUCAGGGGAAACAGGUCUUUCAUUUAAUAUCAAAUAUUUAGCUAUGAAACAUAAUUUAAUAUGAAAAAAAAU